GAAUCCAACAUGGCGGACGGUGCAACGGACGUUUUCAAUAUUUUUUAUGGUUAAGUUUGUUUUAAAAAGUUUCCAGGAUGUUUAAAAGUAGAAGAUUGUUUCAGAAUAUAAAGCGAGCUGCUAUUUUGCUAAAUCGUGUACAGCUUCGCCAGAAAACUCAGUGCAUGGACCAUGCUACAAUACCAGCGCCCUUGAUGGGACCUCAAACUAUCAUAAUCAAGAGUCCUUAUUCAGUGAAAGUGGAAGCCAUCGAUCCCGUCCAGUUUGGACAUAUCAAGGCUGUAGUGGGAUUCCUUUACCUGGAGACAGAAACAACAGAAGAGCUGUCCCCUAAAGUGAAGACAGCAUUUCAGCAAGACAUACAGUAUAAUGUCAGGGCAGUCAUGUCACCUUCCAGAGAUUAUAUGGAGGUGAGAACAGAAAAAGGGAGUAGGAAAUUUGGUGCAUUGCAAAAGUAUAACUUUGCUUUUGUGAACUGUGUUGAUGAAGUUGGUCACAGUGAAGUGGUUGGAAAUAUGCAAAUUAUUCAAGCACUGAAGCCCUGUUUCAGCCACAAUUUUGGACAAAAAAAACUGUCAAGUUUCAAGAUAACAAUCUUCAAAGCACUGGCAAUUAUAAUGUUCCGUGUUUUGUAUUGUAGCAAAUCAGUCUUUGUAGACGUAAAAAAUCAAUGUUUAAUCCAUUAGAUUCACUUGAGUGAGAGCUACUGAGUACAAGAUCGCAAGCAGAUGUAGAAUAUAGCAUCCUAUUGGAUGACAAACAUCAUGUGACAUUACAGCAAUCACAAAUACUUUCCUCCUCCCUCCAAAAAAAAACAGUGUUGAAGUCCAGGCUGAUCAUAGCCUGUGAAUAUAGCCGUCUCUCCUCGCUCGUCUUUGCUAGACACAUUUUGCACAGGAGUUGUCUGAUUAUAAUGUGCCCCAUAUUAAAAACCUUCCUGUAUUCUCUGACUGGAAAUUAAAGGAUGUUAAGCAAGGUCAAAAUCUUGAACCACUAAAAGAAAAAAACAGAAAAUAUGAUUACAUUAUGUAAACAAUUUACCUCCAUAAUCUUUAAGAAAUUUCUGUGUUUUUUUAUGUUCCUCCAGGUAACUUGCUUGGAGCAAAGGAAAUUCAACUAUCCUCCUAAGAACAUCAGCAUGCAUUUUCAUGUCCCUGUCGAUUAUGGUGUUGAGAUUGAAGUCACAGGUGAUGCAGAUGUUGAUGUUCAGAAUUUAGAAGGACAUCUUUAUGAAGUUAUCACAGAGCAAGGAUCUUGUCAUUUGAAAAACCUGAAAGGAUCUCGUUUGAGUGUAGAAACAAAUGGUGGGAACAUUACAUGUGACCCACAGUUAUUGUUUGAGUUUGGAAUUCUUGAUACUAAAAAGCAAGGGAGCAUCUCUGUGAAAAAGCUGCAAGGAAAGAAAUUUUGUGUUGAUACAGAGGAUGGUGAUAUCGAUGUGAAAGCUACGUACCUUCUGAGGGCAGAGUUGACAUCUAAAGGAGGGGAUGUCAGGUUAGGCGAUGUUCAUGGUAAGUAAUUGAUUGGGUAUAUUUUAAAAUGCUUGAAUACUCACAACAAAUAAGCUAUUAGCUUCUCUAGAUCAUACAUGUAUCCCCAAAAUAAACAAAAUAAGUUAUCUGGAAUUAAUCUAUGUUGUUACUGUGAAACUCAGAAAACCUUGAACACCAGAAAAAGCCAAUCAGGUUUGACAAAACUAAGCUGCAAGCAACAACGAUACUUAUUUUAUGGUUUUCUGGCAUGCCCUGAUCUUUAUUGCUUUUGGACUAAGGACAAUAAACGAUCCUGAAAAGUGUUCAAGGUUUUCUGGGUUGAAUGAUAAAAUACAAGGAACAAAAAACAAUAAGUACUGUAAAAAAUAAAAUAUUUGUUAACAGAAGUAAAAUGCCAGCCCAGGGAUUUUAAUCUGACCAGCUAUGUGAGAGAUCUCACCAGAAUGCUAUCCCUGGUUCUAUUCAGUUCCACUUUUGAUCAACAUUUAUAAUAACUUGCAGCUGCUAGUAGUCUACGAUUAAGGGAGAUAAAGUAACUUAUUUGCUUUUAUGUACAGCAUGCAACGGUGUAUAAUGACCUACAAGCAUCUGGUGUUUAUUAUUAUUAUUAUUAUUAUUAUUAUUAUUAUCAUUAUUAAUAAUAAUAUUAUUGUUAUUAUUAUUGUUGUUGUACAUUGCAUGUCUUUCUUUUUUCAGGUUUAACUGAAGUAGAUGUUGAACAAGGAGACAUUUCAGUUGGUUCAGCAUCUGGGAAGCUAAAGGCAGUCACAAAACAAGGUAACAUCAAUGUCAACUUGGCACAUCAUGACAUUGUAACACUGAAGUCAAAAGAAGGUAUAUUACUAUUUACAUAAGUGAUUUAACCCUUUAAGCCCCAAUAUCCACAUACAAAUUCUCCAAACUGAUCUCUAUACAUUUCCAUAAAGAAUGAGUUGAGAGAAUUUGAUAAAAAAUCAAAGUAUUUUCUCAUAGGUGAUCAUUUAAUUAAUUCUCAUAACCUCAUCUCAUGACAAUGUAUGGAUAUUGUUAGGAGAAAAUUGCUGUUGGUCACUAUUGAGACUUAAAGGGUUAAUGCAAGUGUCUAAAGAACAUGUGAAGCUCAGAUCCAAGAUCGAUUAUAUCUAGUUGAGCAGAUGUAUUGUUGAAAGCUUGCCAGGGCGCAAAUUGGGUUCUCUUAGAAGGGUCAUGAUCUAUGAUUAUUGAUGUCUCACUCAUUUUUCUCUGACUCAUUUAAGAUUUAAGUUAAUGUUUGCUCAUAUAUUAUUUAGUACAUGGUAAGGCAAAUUGCUGAUGGAGUGGCCAAGAUAAUAUACUUACACUGGUACUGCAGAAAACUAAACUUGUACUGUCAGUAGUUUCUGUCCUAAAAACAACAUGUGUGAAAACAACACAGCAGUACAGUUUAGUGAACUCCAUUUCCUACAUAACCUGAUCCAGUUUUCACUAUGCUUAACACACUCAAAAAAAGUGAUUCUUUUUAGCAAAAGGUAUAUUUUUUUUAGUUUCCAACAUUUAACUUUAUGCUUUUCAUCUAAUGAAAACUUAGGGAGAGGGUCUGCUUUGCAUGAGGAUUCAGUUCCUCUCUGUUGGCACCCUUUUCCCAGCCAUCCUUUUUUCUUACUGUCUAUCUUUGUGCAAAAAAGUUGUUAUAAAUAAAGAAAUAAGGAAAUAAAGAAAACGUAACAUAUCUUUGAUGUUUGAUGUGGCAUUUAAAAUACAUUUUUAUCUCAUAGGAAAUAUUUGCAUCAAGUUGCUAGAGGAAUCUGCUUCUUCAGAUAUCAAUGUGAAGUUCAAAGAAAUAGGUAUAAAUUCCAGUGUGAAUUUGAUUGUUAACGAGGAAGAUAAAGGAGAGAACUUUUCAGUAAUGACAGGAAAACUCAACCCUGAAUCUGAAGGGGAAAGAAACUCAAGAACAAUUACUGCCGAGGCAAAACUAGGAUCUGUGAAGUUUGAGAAAAUUGACUGGUUUAGUUCUCUAAAAUUCAAGUAGCCUGUAGUGAAAGCGCCAAUAAAAAUUACUCAUAAAGAAGCAGGAUGUACUUUUUUCAUUUCUUUUUUGUUCCUGAUGUGUGAGAUUGCUUCCUUUAAUAAUAAUAAUAAUAAUAAUAAUAAUAAUAAUAAUAAUAAUAAUAAUAAUAUUUAUAGAGCGCUAAUUCCCAAUGGUCCAAAAGCGCUUUACAUAAUAAAAAUAACAACAAAAUCCUAAACCUACAAAACUACAAAACUACAUUGUCAUCCUAUAAAAGCUCGUUGGUCCGGUUAUUUACUUAUCCCAGUUUAGCCAGGGGGUGGGGGAGAGAGGAAAAAGUCCCCACCCUCCCGAGGGCUCACUGUCAGGCUAACCACGCCAGUGUAACCGUUUUAAGUUUGGCCUAGUUAACUCUAAUCAUGGUUUGUUGUGAACAACGUUGAUGAAGUACCGGUAUUUUUGUAACGGCUAUCAAAAACAAUAAAUUAAUUAAAUUAAUUAAUUUAUCUACCUAAACCCACUGAGGACGGAGGGUGAUUGACUUAAAACUAUUGUUAGAUUUAGACCUAGUUGAAGUAAUGACUUGAAUUUAUCCAGUGUUAAGCUACGUUCUGAAACCUUCUAUAAUUUUGCCAUUCCUAAUGUGUAAUUAUUGUUCGCGGUUAACCUUAUUAUUGACGCAUACGGUGCAGAUCGGCAGAUAAGAAAAAUGUUUGUCCACUUUCCCUAUUCCCGGACUUACUAAAGUAUACACAUGUAGGUCCACUGAUUUUUUUUUUAAAAAGCGCUUUAGCAGUGAGACCUUCUUUAACAACCGACCGAGAGAUUUACGUACUAUUGAUACCUCGUUGUAAAAUGUAUAAUGGUGUUUCUUACUAAUACAAUGCAACCACAAAGCAAACAAGGAGGGAAAACGUUGGCGGAAGUGGAACAGAAAUCGUGACAUUGACACGCAAAUCUGGCGCGGCUUUCACCUUGCGGUGAUCUGUUCGAGAUCUUGCAUCUAUGAUUUAAUAAUCUGGGGUAAGAAAAAACAAUUAAAUUCUUCAACUGAAGUGCAGCCUGCGUAGCAAGCGUUUCCAAUCGAAUUAUUGCGCGAAAGUUAGAGCGGAGCAAAAAAAAGGUGCACUAGUCCCAACUUUCUCGACGAAGUCAGCCAUUUCAAAUUGUUCAAGGACAGAUUGCUUUUAAAAAUACAGUUCAAUGCGUUAACAAGCAAACCGUUGUACUCUUGUUGCAAAACGCUUGCUACGCAGGCUAACUGAAGUGCUCCUAGAACGCAAUUUUAGGGAACAGGGUGCCAAAUUUCCCCCAAGUCAGCCAGUUCAAAGAACAUUUUACAUAGGAGGGCGCAAGGAAAUUCGUGGGAAAAGUCCACAAAAAAGCUGGCGAUGUGAUCUGCUUUGGUGUGGUUCAACGUAUAGGGAAUAGGGAGUAAAUUGAAAAUAAAUUUACCCAUCAGUUUAAAAGUUUACAUAACAAUCACCUUGCUACACUCGCGUCAGUAGAUUAGAAUAAAGGCUAUUUUUUCCUAGUUGCAAUCGUCGUCAACAAUUUGAUCAGUUUAUGUCAAAGUUCUUCCACUCUCGGUUAUUACUUUUUUCUCGUGUACAACCCAGUAUUAGGUUCAUUGGUAGAUAAGCUUAUACUGAAAGUCUACGAAAACAUAUCUGAGAAAUUUACCGUGACUAUUUCAGCACUAAACUGUCUAAUUAAUUUUGACUUUGAAUGAAGACUAUCAAUAACAAUACUUAAUUAUAGAAAUAACCAUGAAUAAUUUUAAAAUGUAAUAAACGAGAUCUUUCACGUUAUCUGUAAUUGGCGUUUGUGUGUGGCUCGUCCACAAUUUUCCCCGUUUCCUGCAGAAGAAUUCAACAAAUUAUGUUGAAUUUCCGGCUAACUAUUUGCCUUUGGGUUAAACGUAAUCUCCGUUGUCUGACGUGAGAUUGGACAUCACACAAGGUAUGGAAAUUUUUUCAAGUCCUGCGAUGCCAUCGGGAUCGGCGUGUAGUUAAAAAAUAUCGAUAAUUUAUCCACGCGCAAAACAGUUGUUAUCGUUUCCUUUUUUAAAAAAGUGUCAGCGGGCAAAAGCGAAGGAGAGACGCAUAUGCUGGAAUCCACUAAAUAUCAAAACCGCCUCAUGAAUUAAUGGAGAGAUAAUCGAGAAACAUCUAUUUUUUAAUGAAUAAUGAUUUUAAAUUUAACAGGGUAUUAUUUGAUGCCGCGCGUUUAUAUAAAGUACCUUGCGCUACUCAAGGGUCUCCUUUAAUCUUCCUCAAGUUUUUAACUUUAUUUUUUCUGAUUGCUGAGGUCUUAGAUCCGAAAAUUAACUGAUUAGAAAUCUCCCAAAUCUUCUGUUUCCAAUUUUUACCGAGUUUAAUGAAACAAACAAGGGCUGCUGACUAAUUGACUCAACAAAUUAGCACGUACGUAUUUUCAACGAGCUUUUCAGCUCACUGGACGUUACGUGGUUAAAUAAACGAUUGAUUGAUUGAUUGAUAGAACAGUCAGCGCUGAUACACCAAGCACCGACUAAUAAUUCAACAAGGCAUUUGUUCCGACUGAAUUUCGUGGAUAUGUAUUAAACUAAAAUUUAGCCCUACAGAAUUUUAUUUCCGAGACACAUUGGGUACUAUCGACUAAAAACAAACGCGAUUAAAGGAAAGCCGACGGCGAUCGAUACAUUAAAAGCUGUAUCGUGAUGACGUUGAUUAAUGUGAAAAUCAUCCCCUAUCAUGAAAUUGUCUAUUACACACAGAUAGCACGAGAAAAAAUUUCAGUAGAAAAACCCAUCUAGACAAUAAUUGUUUAAGGAAAACUUAAAUUCAGAUCUCUGUUACCUAUAGAUUAUAAUGUUUUGAUCCGGUGUUGUUCAUUGGUUUUGCUCUUCCCAAUCAUUGCUUGGUACAUGGUACACCCUUUCGUAUUGUCCCCUUCCCUACCCCUCCAAGUGUAAUAAGUGCUCUCUUUCUCUCCCUUUGACGAGGGAACGUCAAUAACACAAUGCUUUGUAAAUAAAUUCCUACCAGAUUUUUCGUGUUCCCAGCAGAGGUCGGUCACCUCAUAGCGCUGUUCCUUUUCGAAAACUCACCUUCCUCGUUGCUCGGAGAUUGCUGAAAGAAAACGUCUAAAAGAAUGGUUCGGUUUUUCUUCCCGUUUUGUAUCGUGGUAUCGCUGCUGAUCUUAUGUACUCAGGAAAUUUCUUCGAAGGUGAGAAGCUGUUAAUUUUGCAAUGCAUUUCCAACCUUUUUUGAUCAAACAACUAUUAACUUUUUGAAACUUUUCACUUGGCUGAUCUAAAACAGGUUUUUUCUUUCGCUUCUCAUGUGUGAAACGUUUUUAAUUUGACUCUAAAUAACCUGGUUUGACUGUGUUUAGUUAAAAUUUUACUUAUGAAAUUCUCAGCUCUCUGAAGAAUUUGCAAUUAAAUUAAAAAUUAGUAAUGUCACUAUCCUAAAAUUUUAGCAGGUUCCCACUCGGAGGAAGCAACUGAUACCGGCUUAGCCAACGUCUGGCAGGCAAAAGGCUUAUCGAAACAAAAUUUUUCCACUCUUCUGUCUUCUUUCCCAAUCAUUUAUUUUAAUUCCAAAAACUGAACAACACUUCUUUAAACUAGUAAAUGGUCUUAAAUAAACAAAAUGAUUUUUAAUGAAUUUCAAUAUUAAACACCUAAGUUGAUGGUGAUGCUUUAUUUCCAGUUCUUAAUAUUGCGACUCAGGGGCACCCAACGGCAAUUUUCGGGAAAAUAUCUGUUCGGAAGACGAUUUGAGAACUAGAAUUUUCGGAACAUUUGUUGUAAAAUUUCUUGCUUGCCUGCCUCUCCUAAGAUUUUCGAACAUCUACAAAAUGGUAUAAUUACCCAUUUUAAACGGAUAUUUAUCCUAAAAAUGGCCACCUAGAAUUUUCGGGAGCCUUUUCCAGGCUGAAAUUUUCGAAAAGGUAAGUUUUGAUCCCUAUAAUUUUCGGAUCACUAGACUUUCAGCUAGGAAAUCCGAACAGAUGAAAAGUUUUUAGGGGAUAAAAAUAUGCCUAUAUCUACCGUUUAAAUACUAAAAUACGUUCAACAAUGCUAUGUUAAGUGAUUUUGAACUAUAUCCUCGUUGGGUGCCCCUAGCGACUGCAUGCUAAAAAAUCUCGCACAUUCGUAACUAAGAAUCAAGUACAACAAUUAGGAACGAAUGAUUAUCGUCUAGAUCAGUAAUGGAAAAAUUGAUGUUUUCGAUAGAUAUAUCGAAGAAAAUCUGUAAAGAAAGCGAAUUAUUUUACGAUGAUACUAAUGCUUAAACAGGUGAACGAGAUCCGAGAUUAUAACAGAAGAUACGGAGCAAGGUCUCCGCACAUAAUAUAAAAAUGGUACUAAGAACUGCAGAGUAACAUGACAAGAUUCAUUUCGAUCCCUCAAGUUUUUUUUCUACGAAAUUAAGCUUCUUUAGUUUAGCGAUGAUGUGUUGAUGAUUCAUCUACUUGGGACUGCUUCAAACACUUAGCUGUGCACUAUCCGAGUGUGAACAUGUCGCUCGAAAAAUUGCAAGUUACGCUAAGCAAAAAGCGGCUCCUGUAGUCGAUUUACUUCUUGACUCUCUAAUGUGAUUUCGCGGGGGUUGCUUCAGAUCCAACACUUUUACUGGGCAUUUCUUAAUGGUUUAAAGAAUUCCAGAUAAAAACUACUCAGUUUUGCAUCGACGAACGCUGAAGAAAUAAGGGAAAGCAGAAAUACAUGUUCGUGGUUUAAUAUUUCAGUGUGCUCUUCUUCUUGGUACUUACAUGUAAAAAGAAAGCGUUUUUUAAUUUGCAAAUCAUAAAACUAUCAAACAGUAACCACUGAAAAUUGAAUAUGGCAAAACAUAAAAAAAUUGAAUUUGACAUACUUUCGCAUACUUCCGUUCCUUUACAAUUGUAAGCCAAGUAAAAAGAACUUGUAAAGGGGUCUUGUCUUCCAUUUCUUUAUAUGUCUAUUUUAUUAUGAACCAUGCAUCCAUGCCAUGGCCGCUCAAUACCCCGUAGGAAAUAAAAGUCAACUAUGUCUAAAAUGCUAAGGAAUGCUAAGAAACUAUUAUAAAGGAAUUUUUUCAUCACAAGUUUGAAUAAUUAGCUAGCUUUUCAGUUUCAUCUGCCAUGGAAUAAAAAAAUAGGUUUUCAAGAACUUGUCAUUCAAGAGCUGGCAGUAUAGUAGCUUGUAGUAUUACGUAUGUUGCAAUUGGACGAAAAAUUUCAAGUUAUCAAACACGGCAAAUAGCCUUCAAGUCAACACCGAUCUUACAAGAAUUUUCGGUUUUUCCACUUAAGUAGUCAACUUUAAAUAGUGUUUCUUUCUCGAGGUAUUUGCCAUUUCCAGCUUCGUUUCCGAUCAGUUGAAGAAGUAACUUCAAUCAGAUUUUUAAAGAAAAGAAUGGCUAGUUUGUUGAUCACCAGUUUCGCUUUAAUCUUCGUUUCGGUGAUUUUUCUCUCUCAAGCAAAAGAAACAGUCGGAAAGGUAAAAUAAUGGAAACGUUUUGUUCGUAAUUAAUACUUAUUUCAUUAAUUUUGCUUUCAUCUCUUGUUUUAUGGUACGUUAGAUUCUUAAGGCUUUGAUAAAAUUCAGCCUACGGCCCCGUUUAAGAAGGCCGGUUUAUCUGGUCACAAAUCGACAGUUAGCGAGAGUAUAACAUUAAUUUUCGUUUAAUAUACUUAUUAGGAAAUCUUAGCAGAAAAAAUUAUGGUUAGCCACAGGGUACUUAGAGUUUUUAAUAUAAUAUCAGUACGUGGUGCAAAAACAAAAACAAAAACAAAAACAAAAGAGCUUCUAAAUAUUUUAAAAGUAACAAUAUAUCGUGCUGAAGGCAUAAUUAUUUAUUGAGCAUAUCAGUUCUUGAAUUAGAAUACUUUUGCUCAUUUUCUUUCAGCUACUGAAUCGUGGAAAUCAUGAACAAGGCAAUCAAAUUUUACUCCACAAAAGAAGUAUCUACACUAAUCCUCUGUUAGGUGAUUACAAGUAAUGUUUAAAUAACAGUUCUUUUUAUUGGAUAACUAACUCUUUAAAACGGGCCCUUAUACUAAUAACUUGUUUUUCCAAGUUAAGAUCUGCUUCCGUCAGAGUUAUCUUGACUAUCUUUAGCGAUUUUCGGCAAUUACAAAAACACUUUAUGGUUUGUACCUAAUCAGUAAUGUAUGGAUUAUGCCAGCAUUUGAAACCUGUCAGUGGAUGUAUAUGAAGCUUUAAUUAGUGCCGGUAUGAAAUCAUGCAGUGAUGGAAAUUUGGCGCGUUUUGAUUAGUUCAAGUAACUCGGAAAAUUAAUGGCAGAUUUAGCAAAGAAGAGGUGACGAUAGUCACCAUCGACGACGGCGGGCGGAGAACUGAAAGCUGACUCGACAAAUGUCAGAGUGGCAAAUUGUGCACCGGAAGUCGCGUUCAAUCUUCUUCGCGCGCUUUUGCGUUUUCAGCAUUUCACUGACGUCGCGUUGUCUUCGCUAAGUAUCCUGCUUCUCCACUGUUUGAAAUGGAGUCUCGUUUCGCGAGAGUUUCAGGAGACGAAAUUUUAGCAAUAAAUGAGGCGAUUGUACUAACAAAUCACCAAGAAAGCUACGAAAUUAGGCUUGUCAGUGUCCACUGUUUGGUAGAAAAUUAUUUUCUUAUUAGUUGCACCAUAAAAAUUCACUUGGCAAAUAGAAAAAAAAAACCGAAAAAUCUGUGAACACUGCCAAUUAUAACGUAAACAAAGUACUCAAUAAAUGACGUCUUUUAUUUACAAAAAUUAUUGCAUUUUCCUUUUUAAUUCUACUGACUGGCUCAGGUUCUGUGAAUAGUGCUAGAUAUAGACCUCGACGCUUUGCGGCUCGAUAUCGGCUUACCACUAUUCAGCUACACCCCACCUUAGGAGGAUAGUUUUAUAUUAUAUUUGCGCUCAUUGCGGUUUCAUAUAGAGGGCCCUUAAGGGUACAGUACGUUCGCGGCGAACCCUCUCUGCGACACGGCGCUGAAAGAAGAACCGCUGGUGACGCAAUAAAGGAUAUGUCUCUGAUCUUUGUGCAAUUUCUUCUAAAAAUUUAAAGUUGACAGUGUGGCUUUCUUUCAAUUUAGUGUACCGCUGCUCCCUUCCUCUUGGUUUGGAGAAUGGCCAUGUUCCAGAUGCAGCGUUUUCUGCAUCCUCCAGCGCUGACGCCAGGCAUGCCCCAGCGAGAGCGAGAUUGAACUUACAGCGUAAUAGCCAAGGAUAUGGAGCCUGGUGUGCAAAAGCUAACGACGGCAAACAAUGGUUGCAAAUUGACUUUGGAGAGCUGGUGCGAGUGACUAAAGUUGCAACCCAAGGACGGCAAGACAAUAACAACUGGGUAACAAAGUUCACUCUCUCUUACAGCAUGGACGGGAUACACUGGGCCGAGUACAAGGAAAACAGUGUCACGUGGGUCAGUGAUAAUCAUCAACUGCUUCAUUCAUGGACAAAACUGAUGAGACAGUUCCAUCUAAUUUUUUUAACUUUUACCCCACGGGAGCAUCUCCUCAAAACAAAAAAGAGUAAGCCCCCUCCCCACCCCCCUAUUCAAUAUUGCUUUGGUUUAAAAACCGACGUGUAUAAUUCUGGUGUUGCCCUAAACAAAACUGGGUAAGAGGAAGGGGGAAAUAGUCAUUCAGUUUGGAGACGGUUUCCCUAUUUGCCAGGAUGACAGCAAAACUGAGUAGGUAUUGUUUUGAAGUUUGUCCAACACGUUUUGUCCAAAGUUGUAGGCAUUCCCUUUUCGAUGUCAUUAUUAUAGUCAAAAAGCACCUAAAUAUGUAUCGCAUCUGUGAUACGUAACUUUCUUAUGGUAUAAUGAAUGUUCUCAUUUUGCCAUGACUUGCAUGUUACGUUUAUUGCUUAAUAAUUCCUGGCAAUUUAAUUCUUAUCCUGCCUUUGUUUUCUUUGCUCUAUCCCUCUUAACUAUAGAAUAUAUUUUAAACUUUUUUAUGUCUUUGUUUCAGGCCUUUUCAGGUAACAAGGACAGAAAUACAUUAGUGGAACACUUACUGGUGACAGCAUUCAAUGCUCGAUUCAUUCGCUUUCACCCAAAAACAUACAGUGGACAUACUUGUCUAAGAGCUGAGGUGUACGGUUGUCGAAAUGGUACGUUAAUCAUUUUGGUAUGAUUUAAGUUGAAAUUACUUUCAGCGGGAAGAGUUCAUUCUGUUUACAUAAUGUCUAAAUGAUAAAUAUUGAACGUGAUUAACUGUAGGGAGCAAUAGUAUGGAAUCGGAAAAGAUAGAGCAGGCAAACUGUAUGAACGAAACUUGGUUAAAUAGAGCCGAUUUGAUUAGAAACAAAGGGCAGCAUCUUUGAGUCAGAAUCACGUCUCAUAUCCGUAAUGACUAUAGAAGAAAAAAAUAAUCACCAUGAUGUGAAUCUCGUCAGAUUUAAUCGGAAAACAGGACAUCGAAGGACGGCAGUACACUCCGUAAAUACCGUUUUAUUUUACCAAUUUGGUUAUUAAGUAAGAGAUAAGUAAACGAAAUUUGUAAUUAGUAACAUGUAAUUCACCUCUUUAGGAAUGUAAUCUAUUAUGAAUUAUCAUAAUAAAUAGUGGAAUUAUUUUCAAAAUCAAUCAGCCGCCUCAAUUGGUCCCAACAAAUACGAUUACAAGUACUUCAUCACUUGGUGUCUAUUUUUGUAGUUCACAGUUGUUCAAUGCCACUUGGUGUGGAGGACAUGCGCAUUUCUGACAGUGCAUUCACAGCUUCAGGCAGCUACGACAACCGGCACGGGCCUUCACUUGCGAGACUCAACCUUUUAACUGACGGCAAGCACAUGGCUGCUUGGUGCCCGAAAGUUAAAAGUACUAAUCAAUGGCUGCAGAUCAACCUAGGGGAAAUAACUGCUGUUACUAAGGUGGCAACACAAGGGCGAUACAACAGCGAGGACAGAGUUAAAACAUACAAACUCUCGUACAGUGUGGACGGGAUUCAUUGGACUUGGUACAAGCAACGCGCCGUAGAUAAGGUAACAAGAGAGAUUCCAAAUGUUAUGGGGUUCAUGAAGCCAAAGUCUAUUCCAGCAGUAAACGAAUAACCUACGAAUAAGUUCUCGGUAGUGGACUGGAGCUGGAAGAGGGCUCAAGUCUAUCAGUCAAUCAAUCAAUCAAUCAAUCAAUCACCAUUGACUGAAACGGACUACAAUACAGCCUGAGACUGUUGGAGUAACAUCACAUUUGUAGAGUACUUGUGAUCUGCGCGUAAUUUGACUUAAUAUGCACUGUGAGUAAUAAACCAGAUAGUAGCAGACUGACUGAUGAUUGAGAGGGAGUGCAUCGGUUUGUCUAGAUCUAUCAUCUAUCAAUGGAAUUGGCCUACAAAACUACUCUUAUUUCGGAUUUUGAAGUGAUUUUCUGUAUUUGGACGCAAAUUUAUGCGUAAUUAAACAUCGCUAUUUAUACAAGCUUACUAAUGCCGUUUUUUGUAACAAAGCAAAAAUUAUAUAGAACCUUGAUAACAUUAAAAGCGGACAUUGAAAAUUACAUGGUAAUUUAAACAUUGAAAACAAACUUCAAACAUCUUCACGAAAAUGGUGUUUCGUGGAAACAUUAGCCGUUACCCUCAAAACACCAGUUUUGAUUUUACAAAGCACCAAAAAUAAUAUCUUUGCACUGUGUAGAAAUUUACAGGGUAGGUAUUUGAAGUUUCUAAACGAAUAUAAUGGCAUCCAGUCGAAAGUAAACUAUACAAAUGUAACUGUUGACUACUCAUCUUCUGGGGUAGAGUCUUCGCAACUGUUAAUAACUACACUGUAACUUUCCUCAGGUGUUUGCUGGAAACACUGGCAGAAACACAGUGAUUACACACACCUUAAAGCCCCACAUCGAAGCUCGCUUUAUCCGGUUUCAUCCAUUGACUCACAAUCUUAAUAUUCCUUGCCUGAGAACUGAACUGUAUGGUUGUCGAAGUGGUAGGUAUCUCGUGUUACUUCAUAUCUUUACUAUGUUUCCAUCUUUCUUUUCUUUUGCUUUCCUUUUUUACUGCAUAUCUUCCUAAAAAUUUAAUUAAUUACUCCUUGGAAUAAACUGUUUUACCUCUUGUAUUAAUAUCACGCCUGGAAACGUUGCAAAUCUAUUAACCGUCUUUUCUUCAUUCAUUCCCGAUCUAUAUAAAUACUCUUUUUUGUGGAUGAUUUUACAAAGUUGGCUGUCUUUAGUUUGACAUGGUUAUAAUUUGAUAUUUUAUCUAGUGAAGAACUGCUUAAUGCCCGUGGGGGUGGAAGACGGUAGAAUUCCUGAAGAAGCAUACUCUGCAUCAUCAUAUUACAGUGCCAGCUAUCUUCCAAACCGAGGCAGACUUAAUUUGUUACCAAAUGGGGGGAAAUAUUGUUGGGCUGCUAAACAGAACAAUGCUAAUCAAUGGCUUCAGGUACUCAAAUGACAACCAGGCCGUUCAUGACGUUAUGUUUAAUCUAAACGUAAUACUAAUUAAAUUAGCUUCAAUAGUGUAAAUCGACCCUUUCAAGAGACUGUUUUUGCAAAGUGCCUUUUUUUAUUUUUGAAAUUAAAAUACCUCGAAAUCCUAUUUAACAUCAGAAGGUUUCUCAGAACUAUAUUCUCGUGAUGAUCUAGUCUGAAAGAUGAUUGUUCACUAAAUUACUUUUGAUUCCCAAGGUUAAGAUAAGAUCCUUUAAAAUUGAUAUAUGAAACUAAAUUGAACUUAGCUAUCGAAGAAACGGCAUGUUCGACUAAGAACAAUGGGCUCUGCUCUGCAUAUUCUGAUGGGCUCCUGAUUCUGCUAAUUCCAGGUUAAACUGGGUCGCCUAUUCAAGAUAAGAGGCGUGGCCACUCAGGGUCGCCAUGACGGCGACCAGUGGGUGACAAAGUUCUCGGUGUCUUAUACUGCAGACGACCUCAACUGGGUUUACAUCCGGGAAGACAGUCAAAUUAAGGUAUAAUAAAAACUUAAAAAGGAUGAUUGGCUGCUGUUUUUGGCGCUUAAUACUUGACGCCAGCUGACUGGUUUGACUAGCUGAAUUACACGCUUAAUGACUAAAUUAUAGUUAGACUAACAAUAGAUGAUGAAUGAACUAAUGAAUGAGCGAAAGAAGUUAUGAGAAAGGAACUAACUGAAACGGCUCAUUUAUGCGAUGCAGAUGACUUCAAAAAUUAAAAUUACAAAAUGCCCGUUAAUGCUGGUCAUCUGCGCUUUAAAGGAUUAAAUUAACAUGACAGAAACAACAGAUUUAAAACUGAAGAACGGUGGUGAAAACGGUUCAUUGUAACAGUUUUUCAAAGUUGAUCCCUGUCUUGAAAAAAAAUAAAGGAGAAAUAUUUGUUUUGUCUCAGCCAAUUACCAAGCGAUUUCACUGAACUGGAACAAAGCCCCUUUAUUUUAGCAUUUAAAGAACUAACGUUAGAAAUUGCAAGCGUCUUGAAAAAAAAAAAAUGUUUUGUCUAAAUUAUAAGCGACUGACUAAAUGUUACAUUCGUUCAUUCAUUUGAACUGGAUUGACUCUUCUGUAGGUGUUCCUUGGCAACAGUGAUAGAACUACAGUGGUCAAACAUUUCUUUCAUCCUGGCACAGGAAUCUUUGCUCGAAUUAUUCGUUUCCACCCUAAGGCUUGGCAUGGCCAUGUGUCAAUGAGAGUGGAAAUUUAUGGCUGUGAAGAUGGUAUAUACAUUUUUCCUAUUUUUAUAUCAUUCUCUUGCAUGUAGCCUGAGAAAGCAGACGACCUUUUGCGACGCCAUCAGCGGUUUCCCCGCAAAAUGACGUCUGAAAAACGAGCGCAGAAAUUCCAUACUGAAGACGCGUCGCUACCUAGAUCUGGGCACUGCUUCUGAUUGGUCGCACUGCUUGUGAAAUUUGCUUCAACCAAUCAGAAGGUUUCUCUGAGGUCCCCAUCACGAAACAAAUGUGCAGUCAAGAUCAAGGGCCUAAGGUCUUUUGAGUGCUCAGCCAAUAAUCUGAACUGAAAAUCUGGAAAAUGAAAGCUUUUAUCAUAACCAGCAUGAUAAGAUAUCACAAGUUUACAUGCGUUUUGCCUGGUACUAACAGUGCUAAGCGGUGUGCUAGUUGCACAAUGAGAAUUCGAAGUCUGAGUUCUCGAUCUUUACAUUGAUCAUAAGUAAUCUUGCUCCCAGAGUCUUCUGGGUUUUUUGAAAGCUAACUAAAAAGAGAGAAGACUCUUAUCUGGGUACGAGAUUUCAUGAAAAACUGCCUUACAAAAGAGAAAAUUGAACGAGUGUAUAUCAGUAGAUCGUUGUGUUAAUGAAUUAAUUUAAUUAAUCGUCACCACGAUUCGCUUGAUCUUUCUGUGUUUUGCGACAAAGUUUGUUUUUUGUGAACUAAUUUACAUGUAAGUUGUUUAAAUUAUAAACCUUCAAUAAAACUUGAAAGUAUCCUGUCAGCAGCCGGUACCAAACAAAUUAAAUGCUAAACCUAAACUGAGUCCUGCAGAGUGUUAACGGUAACAAUAUUUUCUGUCCCCUAUUUUCCAUCUAACAGCACGCAGUUGUUUCCUCCCACUGGGUAUGGAGAGUGGGCAUCUGCCUGACAGCGCAAUUUCGGCAUCAACAUCCUAUGAUGGCAAUCACAUUCCUCAGUUUGGUCGCCUAAACAAAAUCCCAGCUAGUGGAAAAGCAGGAGCCUGGUGCGCUAAGAGUAACGAUGUGAAACAGUGGCUGCAGGUUUCCUUUGGACGACAAACUACGGUGACCAAAGUGGCGACCCAAGGGAGGUACAAAUCUAACCAAUGGGUGACAAGCUACACUUUGUCAUAUAGCGUGGAUGGUGCUCAUUGGGUCUGGUACAGACUUUCUAAUGGACACAUUAAGGUAUGACUGACAUGCAAUGGCAUUUCAGGGAAUUCUUGUUCUAUAAGAAACAGAAAACGCAUUUCAUUUUGAUCAGUACUCAUAUAUAUCUAGCUGGAUUUUUGAAAACGUUAUCGCUAAAAUAUACCUCCUCUUCGCAGCCGAGAGAAACUCUAGCCCCUUGAGUGCUCUCCGAACUUCCCAAGUGCUCAUUAUCUCCUCGACAUACGCACAGCUGAAGCAUGAACCAAUUGUUUUAUAACAUUAUCAAAGCGAUCAAUGCAGCAGCUAACUGAAAUUUUAUUAUUGUAGCUCGCACUCAAAGCAGUACGCGUCAAUGUCUAUACGCAACUAUAUUUUUUGCCUCACAGUUAUGAAAAAACUGAAAGGAACUGAGAGAAAGUUUACUCAAGUCGCUUAAGAUAACAUUAAAAAAGUUUGUAAAAUUCAUGAUAAGGUUCCGCAAAACUAUUAAUUCACCGAAAAAUUCUUUUUGAAAGAAAUAACUUUGCCAAGAAUGAUUUGCACACGCCACAGCCCGCGCAGCUCACUCAGGAAGAUGACAACAACAACAACAACACUCACCUCUUUUCCCUACUAUCGGUUGACAAAUUCAAAAGUGUUCUCUUUAUAAAACACUUGGUUAGCUUCAUCGUGUACUGUUGAGUUACGGCUUGCACUAUGGAGACGUCUUGGGACGAUUUCUAAGCUCAAAAGAACUCGAGGUAUAGUUUAUUGACGUCAACAGCGCGCUGAAUGGGAAUAUCAGUGAAGCACGCUCGCGAAUAUUCUAGCUAUGUUAUAAAGGAGCUUCUUAAGCAUGAUACCCUGAGACUAGCUGGAUCAAGUGAUAUAGUUGUUUUGCAGACUGCUGGACUUUGUACUGUUUCCUUAACAUGUUCCUAUAUUUUUUUAUACUCUUAACACGGUUAACCCAAGUGUUGUGAUAAUCUAUUUUAUAAAUAUAUUGGUCAGGUAUUUGGAGGCAACAUCGACCGCAACACUCCAGUUCAGCAUUCCCUGCACUUGUCAAUCCAAGCACGCUAUCUACGAUUUCAUCCCAAGACUUGGCAAGGUCACAUUUCAAUGAGGGCUGAAGUUUAUGGCUGCCAGGAAGGUAAUUUAUAUAGGCACAUAGGAGGAUUUCGGUAGCUAGCAGUUUUUCUUUUUCCAGGAGGCCUCUCCUCGCACCUCUGAUAUACCUUUUGCAAACAAGCAAAGAAAGCACGUACAAACAAACGGGGAACUAAAGUUAAAAAGACGCUACGGAGCGUACACUUCGGCGUCGUGGUUGUGGAACUGAUUAAUUGUAAAUGCGGAGGAAUAGUAAGAAAUGAAAUAUGGUAAGAGUAAGGUGUUAUUUUGUGAAGUUAUGGGAUUUGUCAGGAUAUUCUGAAAAGACCAACAUCCAAGAGGCCUACUUGCCAAAAACUAGCAUUUCGGGACAAAUUGUCUCUGAGAUAUUAGCCCAGUUAUGCUCUGAUGACUCCAUACAAAUCCUUCUAAAUUUGACUUGGGUCUAAACGUUUAGACCUAAGUCAAAUAUGAGGUUACUGGCGGUGAAUAACAAGUCUAACAAAACAAACAGUGAAAAAAGAAUUCUCUAUUUUUCUUAGUCACAUCAGGCUUCAAAAACAGCAUAGCAGUCUCAUGUACUGAUUAAAAGAUAUGUAAGGUAUGGGUAAGGAGUCAAUUACGUUGAGCAUGGAAUUGGCUGUUACGAGUUCGAAUGUUUUGACGAUAAUUAUUCACUGACUAUCAGCACGCAAGAAUGUCGGAUUAAUACAAGGAAGUUUAAUACCAAAGGAACAUAGCCUUUUCAGAGCUUUAAAACACAGGUACAACUAAACAGCGAAGACCAAUAAUAACAAACUCUCACUUGAACUUCAGAUAUCUUACGGCUUCCGCCAACUUGUAAACACAGAACUUGAAAAUCGACCUUCGUCACACUUGACUAAACACAGCAGCCCAGCUCGUGGGAAGAAAACUUAGGUCGUCAAAAGACCUCGCUUGGAACUUGUAUACCGUUUGACAUAAGGUUCUAGAAAAUACUAAACGGGCGAAUAGUAGUAGCCUUUCGACAUAUUUUAUGAUUUCAGUAACUGAUGCAAAUCUGCUGACUCAUGCUGAAAUGUAAACAUGCCCUAGUUAUUAUUCAUGAAUAAUCCAAUAAAGUACAGAACGUUUGAGAAAGUCACGCAACGCAUGGAAGCAAUUUUACUACGUAACACUCAACAAAGACAAAAUGUCUUUGUGUAGCAUUUUGUAACUUUAAAUUCAUCAUAAAGCAGUUCGAAAGGAGGGCUCACUCGCGAAAUGUUUUUCAACACUUGAAGAGACAUUUCGUGUCUCUGCGCGGCCACGUAAUAUCCUCUAUUUAUUCCUCGAGUAAAUUAAAGGCUAAACUCGAAUUGAUCUCAAGAUAUCACAAAGUAGUCCGGUUUCAUUUCGUGAAAUAGCCGAAACAAGCCGAAAAGUCGCGAACUUGCACGCCCAAUCUCGUCCCGAAACUAGUGCAUAAUUUCAUAACUAUUUUUCAUAUCUCGAACUACCUUGGGUCGCAGUAGCGCAAUAGGCUAAUCCCUCAACUUAGAGUCUCCUCUUACCUGACGGGUCACACAGGUGAGGCGGUUCAAACCCCAGGGAAGCCAAAAUAAUAAUUCUUUCUUCCUCGAAAAAUUUAAAGAAUAAAUCAAAGAAAUCGAAGUGAUCUCGAGAUAUCUCGAACUAAUUCGGCUCUCACUUCGUCAAAUAGCCGAAUAAAACCGAAAACCUACAGACUUUGCAUGCCCAAUCUUGUCAAAAAAUGGUAACUUUGAUACAUUCCUGAGCGUCGCGAAUCCUUUACUUCGCGCUCCGCCGAAGUAAAAAGAGGCUUAUAAAAGGUAACGCGUGUCCGCAACGAUAGUAGGAAAAUGUAUUCAAAAUAUAAAAAUAGUGAGCAUGAUAGUAAUACGACACGUGCUUUUGCACGUAGUGUUUGUUAAACAUCCGUAAUGCACUGAAAUAGUGGCCACACUAUGAAAAAUAACAUGAUUGCUUCAUUUAUAACGAAAAACGAAAAAUUAUGAACUUAACCUCUUAAGCAUCGAUUACCAUUGACAAAUAUAAAGAAAAUUGGACAGAACCAGUCCAAUCUUGAUUAAUAUUUGGCUAAUGACUGCCCUGUCUGUGUUCUCUUCUUUUUUUUCGUUAAUUGAGAAUAAACUUCUGUUUUAUAAGGACACCGUUGCUCCAUGUCGCUUGGAAUCGAAGAUGGCCGAAUUCAAGACAGUGCUAUGACUGCGUCCACCAUUCACAACAGUCCCCUCGCAGCCCACGUCGGCCGUUUGAACUUGGUGGCUAGGUCGGGUAAGUCAGGAGCCUGGUGUGCAAAGACAAGUAACAACAAAGAAUGGCUGCAGAUCGAUCUUGGAAAUCCCACCACUGUCACUAAAGUAGCCACGCAAGGAAGGCAAGAUGCCAAUCAAUGGCCGACCAGCUACUCAAUAUCUUACAGCCUCACAGGUUCUUAUUGGGUCCAGUACACAGUACGCGGUAAAAUAAAGGUAAUAACACUAUACUCAUUGCACCUGCCCCAGAAAUAACUUGGUCACCGUGCAUCUUUAAAGUCGAAAAAUGGAAACUGAAUGAAUGUUUAACUGUUGGCAACUGAAACAUCCUCGUCUUUCGGGUCAAGCAUAAAUAAAAAAGACUUUGCACAGUCAGAGGACAGGUGAUUUAAGUAUUGAAUCAGUAUGAUGUAACAAGUCUUUAUUGAGGAUAUCAAGCUCAGGCAUCGGCACCUCGCCCAAACUCUGUCGUGUGUACGUGUAGUUGAAAAAAAUAAACUUGUUCUCAUUGGUGCCUAGCGCAGAGUACCCAAUCUCCUAACCAGAAUCCUCUGGGUUUUUGGUCAGCAGGGCGUUGGGUAAGAGAUUGGCGAGUAACGUGGCUUUUGACAACCAUCUUCGUUUUCUUCAAAUGGCUAGUCAGAUUUAAAAAAAAAAAACACACCUCUGUGUUUUUCAUUGGAAAUGAAUGGUUUGUUUCUUACUGUAACUUAUAAAAAGCAAAUUAAAGUGCAGGUUGUUAUUAAAUGUUUCAACAACUUUAUUUUCUACAAUUCCCUAUAAUUAUUUGAUUUUUCGUUUUUAUAGGUCCUUCGGGGAAACUUUGAUCGUGACUCGAUUGUCGUCCAUCAUUUUUUCCCGCCAUUUCACGCCCGCUUUGUUCGAAUUCAUCCUUUGAGCUGGUAUGGCUUUGUUUGUAUGCGUGCUGAGCUGUAUGGAUGUCCUAUUAGGGUAAGAGUCCAGCGGUUAUAGAUCUUUCAAGCCAGUGUAAAUCUUUUUUUUGCCAGUACAGGUCGCCCUGUCCACACGAAUCGAGAUAUUUUUAAGGCCGCAUACAGUCUGAGUAUUUUAUUUUUUUUUCACUUUUUCCCCGUACAUGCAAUUAAGACCACCGACUUAGUGAGUCCGCUCAACGAAACCAGAUCUUUUUUAAACUGCUCUCCAGAGUGGUUUGAGGCACCGUCCACACGAAUCCGAGUAAAAAAAUAUUGAGUUUCAACAUUCAACAGGACAGUACCUAAAGAACAGUUUCAUCAUGUUCAUGCAUAUUUCGUCUUAUUCACGUGAACUUACACACAAUUUAUGAAAGAACAAUAAACAAACCCGAUGACCUUUUUUUGGGAGAGCAAAAUACUCAAUAGUAAUAAAAAGAUCCAUAUCAUGCAUGUAUUUACAUUUAGAACUUAGUGACUUAUGCUUGGUAAGAAAAGAAGAAGAAGAAUGACGUUUUCUGUCAGUAUAUAAUUUCAGACUUUAACGAUGUCAAAAACUUGGGGAAAAGUCAUUUUGAGAAUUUUUAGAGCUGAAAAUAAAAAUGAUCUUUUAUUUUCAUGGACAAGCAAGAUACUAAAGUAUGACUAAGAUUUUUUUACUGAAAAUUUACUUUUAGGGCAUUUAAAAAGAUGCAGUGUAGAGAAGCGCUGAGACGGUGCAGACACCAUGCUUACGGCUCAGUGACGUACUUGGAGUUUGAAUCAAACCUUGUUUCAUUUUACUUUCAAGGUUGUAACAUGCAGAAUAAAAAAGGAAAAAAGAGCUAUAUGGCCUGUACAUGUCCUUUACACUAGUAGUAGUAGGGAACGUUCCAGAUACUUUUUUGGGAAAAAUAUGUUUUAAUCUGAACUGCUAAUUUUAAUUUGAGAAUCUCAAUUAUGUUUUGUCAGGGAAUCGAUUUGCGGACAUCUUUAGCAUCCAAAUUGCUCGACGUAUUUUCUCUUAUUAGACUUCCAGCCUCAAAUAAGCCACCCAUCCUCCCUACCCAUACGUUUUAUUUCCACAGUCAGCCUUAUGCGCGAAAUAGAAAAGAUACCUAAUAAUCCCCAACCUCAAAUCAAGAUGGAGGAUUGACUACGUACCGUCAAACAGUUUCACUCAUUCCUAGAAUUGUCCUUUUUUAUGUGGCGCACAUUAGUUAGAAACUGCCACUCACUCUGUAACCAUUUUACAGCUUUCGAUCAGAACAUUAUGAAUAAGGACAGUUAACUGAUAUAAUUAAAAUGAACGAUUGUUACAAGCCUUAACUUUUUAAGCGUCUACAGCUUAGAAAGCUCCAUUAAUCGAAAAAGCACAAAUAAGACGAAAAACUGGGUUUGCACCAAAUUUGGUCUAGGGUGCAAACUAAAGGAUAAGCUGUGGAUAGAUGGUAACUGCCACAUUUGCAUACCUAUUUACACUGGGGUGUAAAUACUAUGCAGAGAACAGACGUAAAAUGCUUGCUCACUUAGUUUUUAUUUUAAAAAGGCUCAGGAGAAAAUGGUCGAGAGAGCCGUUCAAAUCUCUUUGCAAAUCCGGACAGUAGUCAAAUAGCAGUAAUAUUUUUCAAAUGUCGAGGGAGGCACAAGGGAGGGCACUGAAAUACGGUACUUCGAUCUUCUUCAUCCACUUUAUGAGAAACACCACACCAUUAUAGAACGCAAUAUUUCUUGUUGUUUUCUACACCGUUCACUGUUUCCCAAGUUACAUAAUCAGUUUUACAUGUCAUGAUUAGACGUCUACAUUUACGUUUGAGCAAUCCAAAGCUCUGUUGCUGGGGCACAAAUACACGUGCGGCUGUCCUGCGACAAUUCAAAGGAUUAACUCAACAAAGGGAUUGUUCGAUUUCCAUUUAAGUCAAUGUAUGUACUAUUCUGUCGAUGUCAUUGACUGUGUACAGGCUCUUGUGUUAUUGUUAGAGCGCCAGGGCCUGUCCUUUGUGACGUAACCCAGGACUACAUAUUGCCACUUGGUACAUGGUACACAACGCUAAAAAGACGUGUUUGUAGUACCUUAUGAGGACAGCGCAUGCUCUUGGGCAGAAAAUUAGUCUAAACACUUCCUUUACUUCUAAAAUUGGCCUAAAAGUAAAAACUUCUCACAUGCUGAUCAAAACCUCACAAAACAACCGACGUUAACACGUAACGUUAAGCUGUUUAGCAAAUGAAUCCCUGCGACACAACGUUUAGGGAACGAGUGUAGAAAUUCCAUGCUUAUGACAUGUUACCACAGCCUCUGAUUGGAUGAAGUCAAAUAAAACGAAGUAGCCUGUUGUACGCAUGCGCCACUUAAGACAUGAGAAAGGAACUGGAGCCGAGAUGUGCCACGCAGUUGUUUCUGGGAUCGUUACUAGGAUCUCACCCGUCAGGCUAUUAGCCAUUUUUACCCAGUCCCCAGUGACGGUCCCAGACGGUCUUUUCGAAAGUUUACUCGGCCCCAUUCCCUUCUCGCUUCUUAAGUGGUUAAUGGAUCACCUGCGAAAAGCUCCAUAUCGAUCUCUUUCUCGCAGGACUGCAGUAACAAUGAGAAGCCACUCUGUUUGUAGGGUGAGAUAUCGUAAACCGGGCUGAGGGUAAAUGCAACUCUUUCGCCUUUCGAAUUAAAUGAUGGAUUUAUUUGCAGCAUAAGGUUGUGUCCGUUGGACUUAAUUUACGGGGAAUUUGUCACCUUCCCCUUUCCCAUCAGCCAGUCACUCACAGUUGUCCAGUUGUUCUCUCGUAGUUAGGUUUGCUUGAUUCAGUCAAUAAGUCAUUUGUACCGUGCCGGUAACUAUUGACUACGAUUCAGUGGCGUUUGUCCUAAGUUAGUAAAGAAAUUGAGUCGUUGACUGAGUAGUCUGUACAGUAGGUCGAUGUCGCAGAGUCCCAGUCGAUUUGUUGUUUCUAUUCGGUAUUCCCUAAGUCGAAUUUGUUGUUUGCCGUCCAAAUAACCUUCAACAUCAUGGUGGUAUGGUUCUCCCAGGCUUUUCACGGACGGCCUGAUACGAAAACCCAAAAACCCAAUGGGAAAAAUUGGGAAUGUAUUCGACAGGUUUUGAAUAAAGUUUAUAAAAAUCAAAGUUGAUAGUUCGAGUGGAUGAAUAAGUAAACUUCAAAACCUUAUAACCUGUAAUGACAAUACAUUUUAACCUAUCGGUUUUCAAAUGUUUUACAUUCUCUGUCACUGCCACUGCGCUUAGCUCCGCCGAAUGUAAAUACAUUUUGUUGUGCCUUGCAUUGGUGAUGGUCUCCCAGCUUUAGGAGGCGCAAGGAAAAAAAGCACUAGAUUAGAAUAAGGCCUAUUUUAAAUGUUUACUUUACCUCGCGUCAGUCGCAACUUUCCUAGUCGCAAUCGUCCUCAACAAUUUGAUCAGAUUAUGUCAAUGUUCUUCCGCUCUCGGUUAUUUUUUACUUUUUUCUCGCGGACAACUCAGUAUUAAGGUCAUUAUUAGAUACGCUUGUACUGAAAGUCUACGAAAGUAUAUCCGAAAAAUUACCGUGGCUAUUUCAAUUCGAAACUGUCUAAUUAAUUUUGACUUUGACUGAAAACCAUCAAUAACAAAACUGACUUGGAGCAAUAAGCCAUGAAUAAUUUUAAAAUGUAUUGAGCGAGAUCUUUCACGUUCUCUGUGAUCUGCGCUCGUGUGCGGCUACGAUAUAAUUUUCUCCGUUUCCUGCAAAAGAAUUCAACAAAUGAUGUUGAAUUUCCGGCUAAUUAUUUGCCUUUGGGUUAAAAGAAUUUAUAUCUUCGUUGUCUGACAUGAGAAUGGACAUCACACCAGGUAUGGAAAUUAGUCCUACAAUGGCAUCGGCGUGUAAUUAGAAAAUAUCGAUAAUUUAUCUACUCGCAAAAAGCUGUUAUUAUUUUCUUUUUUAAAAAGUGCCAGCAGGCAAAACCGAAGGAGAGACGUAUGCUGCAAUCUCCUAAAUAUCAAACCCUAACUCAUCCCGGAAUUAAUGGAGGGAUAAUCGAGAAACAUCUAUUUUUAUUCAAAAUAUUACAGACGUUAAGAAGGUAUUAUUAUUUUGACACGCGCGUUUAUAUAAAGUACCUUGCGCUACUCAAAGAGCCGUAAUCUUCGUCAAGUUUUAAACUUGAUCAGAGGCAGUGUUUUUCGUUGGUUAGAUUGAAAACUAUUACACUUUUUUUUCUGAAAAUGGAAUAUAAAGAAAUUUAAGCAAAACGGAUUAUCCAAAUACGUGGCAUAGGCAAUUUUCGCGAAGUUCAAGCAUCAGAUAAAUACAGUACACAGCAGAAUACGCCAAAGAAGCUCUGAAUGGGGUUUUAUUCAUAGCCACGAACUGGCCAAAACUCACUAACAGUCAGCUUAGAAUUUAUUUUAAUUUUAAUUUUUUUUAAGUUCUGAUUGCUGAGAUCUUAGAUCCGAAAAUUAACUGAUUAGAAAUCACCAGAAAACUAAAUGUUAUAUUAGAUGAGAGUGAUUCGAGCACCCAUUAAGGAAAUUCGUCAGUUCAGAGAUAAAAGAAGUUAAGUACAAAUUUUUGGGACCACUCAAGCAAAAGGUGAGCGGAUUUGUUCAGUAACAAAUCUAACAAAGACUACUGACUAAUUAACUCAACAAAUAAGUCAGCCCUUCGCUUUUGUCUGUUGGGAAGAUCAAUUACUCACUAAAAUAUAAGCUACAAAUUCACACUCAAUCAGAAACUGGCUAAUCUAAGAACCCCGCUCGAGUUAUUCAGUCACAAAUACACAAAGCACUGACAAAUAAUUCAACGUGGCAUUUGUUUUGAUUGAAAUUGGUGGAUAUGUUUGAGUAAAAUUUUGCCCAAGAGAAUUUUAUUUCCGAGGCACAGUGGUUACUAGCGACUAAAAACAAACGCGACUGUAGAGAAGCCGACGUCCAUUGACGUACUAAAAAGUAGCGUGACUUCGAUUGCAUCCCCUAUUAUAAAAAUGCCUAUUACACACAAAUAGCACGAGAAAAAAACUUCAGUUACUUAGAAAAAUCUAUGUAGACAAUUCUUGGUUUUCACAUGACGUCACCAAAAUUCAAACUAAGAAACUAUCGCUUCUUCUGAGUUUCUACUUUUAUGUGAUAUUAGAGCAUCGAUCUCUUUCGAUUCAAAAGGGUUCUUUGUUUUGUGAUAACAAAUAGGGUUAAAGUUUUGAUCACUGGUUUUUUUGAGAUUUUGCUCUUUCCUUGUCUUAUCAUCGCAUAGCAUGGUACACCCUUUCAUAUUUUCCCUUUUGGAUAAACCUAUCUCGAUUCUUUGCAACCCUUCUUUCAUUUCCCAGAUUCUAAACUUUCUGUAUUAACAUGUUUCCAUUUUUAUUUCUGAUUUCUCACGUGAGUGAAAACUGAGAAUAAUUGUCUACGAGAAAACUUAAAUUCAGAUCUCUGAAACCAAUAGAUUAAUGUUUUGAUCAUUGCUUUUCUCUUCGCAAUCAUUGCAUGGUAUGGUACAUCGUUUCGUAUUUCCCUCUUCCCUACCCCUCCAAGUGUACUAAGUCCUCUCUCUCCCUUUGACGAGGGAACUUCAACAACACCAUGCUUUGUAAAUAAAUUCGUACCAGAUUUUUCGUGUUCCCAGCAGAUGAUAGGGUCACCUCACAGCGCUGUUCCUUUUGGAAAACCCGUCACGUUCCUCGGACCUUACUCAUAGAAGACGUCUAAAAGAAUGGCUCGGUUUUUCGUUACCCUUUUUAUCGUUGUAUCGAUAUCGUUGCUGAUCUUAUGUACUCAGGAAAUUUCUUCGAAGGUAAGAAGCUAUUAAUUUUGCCAUAUAUUUCCAACCUUUUUCGUAUUGCUUGUAAAAGAGUCAAGCAUUGAUCAAAUAACUUUUAACUUUUUAAAAUUUUCUCUUGGCUGAUCUAAAACAGAUUUUUUCUUUCUCUUUUGAGCCUUUUUUAAUUUGGCGCUAAAUAAAUUGGUUUGACUGUCUGUAAAUAAAAUUUUUACUUAUGAAAUUCUCAGGUUUCUGUCUAAGGAAUUCGCAGUUAAAGCGAAAUUUAAUGUCACUAUCCUAAAGUGUUAGCAGGUUCCAACUCAGAAGAAAGAAUUAAUGGCGACUUAGCCAACAUGUAUCGUCAGGGAAAAGGCCCAUUAAAACGAAAUUUUUCCACUCUUUCCUGGUUUCUUUGCCAAUCAUUUAUUUUAAUUCGAAAAACCGAACAACACUUCUUUAAACUAGUAAUGAUUUUUAACAAAAUGAUUCUUGUAGCACUAUGAAGUAUAAAUUCGGACACAACUUAUUUUUUUACUGACUUUCAAUAUAGGAGCGUAUGUAGUAUAGUCUCGAUCAUGGAAAAAAUUGAUGUUUUCGAUUGAUCGGCAAUAUCGAAGAAAAUCAGGAAAAAAACCGGUUAUUUUACAAUGAUACUGUUAAGGUUGCGCGGGAUCCGAAACCGUAUAUAUAAGAGAAGAUGGAGAGUAAGGUCUCCGCACAGAUUAUAAAAAUGGUAAUAAAAAUUGCAGAGUAACAUGACAAGAUUCAUUUCGAUCUCUCGAGUUUUUUUUUUUAUUAUGAAACUGAUGAGCUUCUUUAGUUUGGCGGCGUGAUGUGUGGACUGUUCAUCUACUUGGGAUUGCUUCAAACAGCACUCAGCUGAGCACUAUCAGUGUAAACAUGUCGCUCGAAAAAUUUCAAGUUAUGUUAAGCAAAUAGCGGCUCCUAUAGUCGAUUUAUUUCCUGACUCUCUAAAUCAACAAUCUGAUUUUGCGGGAUCCAUGUUGCUUCAGAUUCAACACUUUUGCUAGGCAUUUUUAAUGGCUUAAUGAAUUCCUGAUAAAAACUACUCAGCUUUGAUCGACGAAUACUGAAAAAAUAAGGGAAAGCAGAAAUGCAUGUUCUUGGUUAAUAUUUCAGUGUGCUGUUCUUCUUGGUACUUAGUACAGGUAAAACGAAAGCGUUUGGAAAUCAUUGAAGUAUCAAACUGUGCAAAUUAAACUAAAUGUGGCAAAAAAUUCAUAAAAAUAUUGAAUUUGACAUACUUCGGUUCCUUUACUUGUAAGCCGAGUAAAAAGAAAACUUGUAAAGAAGUCUUGCCUUCCAUUUCUUGUGUCUAUUUUAUUAACAUCUAAAUAAAUAUCAUUCAUGCGCCAUCCGUGCAAUUGCCGCUCAAUACCCCGUAACUACAAUGAUAGUUGUUUCGGCAUAAUAGUUGAACCACGUUAUAAUUAAAUAACAUUUAGAUUUGUGAGGUUAUUAGUUAUUUUAUCAAGUCAUAAACGAACUCGGCCUUCGGUCAGUGGUAAAAUGUCGUCAUACAAACACUGCUUUUACAAAGCAUACCCACGACCCAAGAAAAACGCUAUCUUCAUAAACGGUGUCAGGAAAUAAAAGUCACCAUUGUCUUUAAUUUAUGCCAAGGAAGGUAAAAGAGUAGACUUUAUCAUAAAAGAAGUUUGAAAAAUUAGUCAGCUUUUCAGUUUCGUCUGCCAUGGAAUAAAAAAGAGGAUUUCAAAAAAUUGUCAUUCAAGAGCUGACAGUAUAAUAUUACGUAUAUGUUGCAAUUGUACGAAAAUUUUCAAGUUAUCAAAAAAAGCAAAUAGCAUUCAAGUCAACACCGAUCUUACAAGAACUUUUCAGUUUUUCCACGCAAGUAGUAAACUUUAAAUAGUGUUUCUUUCUCGAGGCAUUUGCCAUUUUCUCAGUUUCAGUUGAAGAAGUAACUUCAAUCAGAUUUUUAAGAAAAGAAUGGCUAGUUUGUUGAUCACCAGUUUCGCUUUAAUCUUCGUUUCGGUGAUGUUUCUCUCUCAAGCAAAAGAAACAGUCGGAAAGGUAAAAAAGUGGAAACUUUAUGUUUGUAAUUAAUACUUAUUUCAUUAAUUUUGCCUUCCGAUCUCUUGUUUUAUGGUACGUUUGAUUCUUGAAGAAUGCUGGUUAAUUAAUUAUAUGGUCACAAAUCGAUGACAAGCAAGAGUAUAACAUUAAUUUUGGUUUAACAUCAUACUUAUUAGAAAAUAUUAGCAGAAAAAAAUACGGUUAGCCACAGAGUACUCCGAGUUUUCAAUAUAAUAUCAGUACGUGGUGCAAAAGACAAAAACAAACGAAUUUUAAAAAAACAACUUCUAAUAUAUAUUUUAAAAGUAACAAUAAUAUUAUAUCGUGAAAUUUCAAGGCAUAAUUAUAUAUUUAUUGAUGAUAUCAUUUCUUGAAUUAGGGUACUUUUGUUCAUUUUCUUUCAGCUACUGAAUCGUGGAAAUCAUGAACAAGGCAAUCAAAUUUUACUCUACAAACGAAGUAUCUACACGAAUCCUUUGUUAGGUGAGUACAAGUAAUGUUUAAAUAACAGUUUUUUAUUGGAUAAUUAACUCUUUAAAACGGGCUAUUAUAGCUUGUUUUUCUAAGUUAAGAUCUGCUGCCGUCAGAGUUAUCUUGACUAUAUCUUUAGCGAUUUGCGGCAAUUACAAAAAGUCUUCAUAGUUUUUACCUAAUCAGCAAUGUAUGGAUUAUGCCAACAAUUUAAACCUGUCAGUGGAUGUAUAUGAAGCUCUAGUACCGGUAUGAAAUCAUGCAGUGGAUGGAAAUUUGGCGCGUUUUGAUUGGUUCGAGUAACUCGGAAAAUCAUUGGCAGAUUUAGCAAAGAAGAGGUGACGAUAGUCACUAUCGACGACAGCGAGCGCAAAUCUGAAAGUUGACUCGACAAAUGGCAGAGUGGCAAAUUGUGCACCGAAAGCCGCGUUCGGUCUUUUUCGCGCGCUUUUGCGUUUUUAGGUUUUCACUGACGCCGCGUUGUCUUUGGUAAGUCUCCCGCUUUAGCAAUAAAUGAGGCGACUGUAUUAACAAAUCACCAAGAAAGCUAAGAAAUUAGGCUUGUCUUUGUCUACUGGUUGGUUGAAAAUUAUUUUCUUUUUAAUUGCAACAAAAUCAUAAAAAUGCACUUAGCAAAUGGAAAAAAUCCCCGAAAUAUCUGUAAACACUAUCAAUUAAAUCUUAAACCAAGUACUCAAUAAAUGACGUCGUUUAUUUACAAAAUUAGUGCUUUUUCUAUUUUCAUUCUACUGACUGGGCCAGGGUGUGAAUAGUAUUAGAUAUAGACCUCGACGCUUUGCGGUCCGGUACAUAUAGCACCACUAUUCACCUCACCUUAGGGGGACAGUUGCAUAUUAUAUCUGCGCUUAUUGCGGUUUCAUAUAGAGGGCCCUAAAGGGUACAGUAGUUGUCCGGCGAACCCUCUGUGCGAACACGGCGCUGAAAGAAGAGCGGCUGGUGACGCAAUAAAGGACAUGUCUCUGACCUUUGCGCAAUUUCUUCUUAAAAUUUAAAGGUGACAGUGUGGCUUUCUUUCAAUUUAGUGUACCGCUGCUCCCUUCCUCUUGGUUUGGAGAAUGGCCAUGUUCCAGAUGCAGCAUUUUCUGCAUCCUCCAGUCAUCAGGCAAAAUAUGCCCCAGCAAGAGCGAGAUUGAACUUACCGGGUAAUAGUAAAGGAUAUGGAGCCUGGUGUGCAAAAACCAACGACGGCAAACAAUGGCUGCAAAUUGACUUUGGAGACCUGGUGCGAGUGACUAAGGUUGCAACCCAAGGACAACAGGACAAUAACCACUGGGUAACAAAGUUCACUCUCUCUUACAGCGUGGACGGGAUACACUGGGCCCAGUACAAGGAAAACAGCGUCACAUGGGUUAGUGUUAAUCUGACCAACUCUAAAUAUUUAAGGAAGGAUCUGUUGUUACUAUUACCUACGCUAGGUCUGCUACAUUUGGACAAACUGCAAUGCUACUAACCCUUCUAAAAAAGAAAAUCAGAAGCUCCCUCCGGCCCCCCUAUUCAAUAUUACUUUGGUUUAAAAACCUAGUGUAUGAUUCUGGUGUUACCCCUAAAUAAAAUUGCAUAAGGAAAACCAAGGGAAACGGUCAUUCAUUUGGCGAACCGACGGCGGUGUUUCCUUUUUUGAAAGGAUGACAGGAAAGAAAUAAGUAUUUUUCUCAAUUCAGGUUAUUCAGCUUCGUCUUUCAACCAAAACAGACACUUUUCGAUGUCAUCAUCAAAGUCAAAAAGCCAUGUUUAAUAUAUUGCAUAUCUGUGAUGCCAACGUUACUUAUACCGAAAUGUUCUCAUUUUGCCAUGACGUGCGUGUUUACUGAUUUCUUCUGUUUGUUAUUAAUUCCUUAACAAUUAAUAGUUACAAUUUAAAUUCUUAUGCUGCCUUUUAGUUUCCUUUACUCUAUCUAUCCCGCUCAGCUAUAGGAUGAACCUUCUGCUUGAAAUCCAUCUUUCCUUUCUUUAUUUCAGGUUUUUGCAGGUAACAAGGACAGAAAUACAAUAGUAGAGCACUUACUGGUGACAGCAUUCAAUGCUCGGUUCAUUCGCUUUCACCCAAAAACAUACAGUGGGUACACUUGCAUGAGAGCUGAGGUGUAUGGCUGUAGAAAUGGUAUGUUUAUCUGUUUGGUAUGAUUUAUGGUGAAAUUACUUUCAGAGUGAAGGGAUCAUUUAUUACGUACAUGUCUAAACCGCCAAUGAAUAUUGAUGAAUGCGUUUAACUGUCGGGAGCAAUAUCAGGAAAGAAAGUCAAGAAAGUGUAGGCAAACUGUAAGGAAACUUUUGUUUAUAUAGAGAUCUGAUUAGAAACAAUUGGAUCGUGUCAUUUAAUCACGAACAUGUCUCAUAUUGGUUAAGAAACUAAAAUGUAAUGACUUUUCAGGGAGACAAAAUAACUGGAUCCGAAAUUUGUGGGGCAGAGUCAGUAUUCCGGCUCCUGCUAAACUGAAAACAGGGUCGUAAACAUGAAGGCAAUUGACCACUCCAGAAAAUAUCAUAACAUACCAUAAUGCUCUUUGUUUGUAACCCAAAAAUCUUGCAUAAGCAUUGUCUUUACUUUCUCUUGGUGAGUUAAAAUGGCCCCAAGAGAAACUGCUGAUAACAAUGCUUAUUCAAAUUUUUGGGGUGAAAAACAAAGAGCAUUAUGGUAUGUUAUGGUAUUUUCUGGAGUGGUCAAUUGUGGAGUAGUCUCAUUAGGAUAAUUGAGGUUAUCCCUUCGGAAAUACAGUUAUUUAUUUUACCAAUUUACUUAAUAUUGCAGAUAUGAAAGGGAUAAGUAAACGUAAAUUUGUAAUUGGUAACAUGUAAUUCACCUUCUUAUAUAAUACGACUGUAAAUGUAUCAUAAUUAUUAUAAUCAUAUGGUGAAAUUGUUUUCAAAAUCAGCUGCCUCAGUGUGUAGGUCACAAUAAAUACGAUUACUUGAUCACUUGGUAUCUUUGUUUGUAGUCCACAGUUGUUCAAUGCCACUUGGUGUAGAGGACAUGCGCAUUCCUGACAGUGCAUUCACAGCUUCGAGCAGCACCGACAGCCGGCACGCGCCUGCACUUGCGAGACUCAACCUUUUAACUGACGGCAAGCACAUGGCUGCUUGGUGCCCGAAAAUCAAAAGUUCUAAUCAAUGGCUGCAGAUCAACCUAGGGGAAAUAACUGCUGUUACUAAGGUGGCAACACAAGGGCGGUACAACAGCGAGGACAGAGUUAAAACAUACAAACUCUCGUACAGUGUGGACGGGAUUCAUUGGACUUGGUACAAGCAACGCGCCGUAGAUAAGGUAAUUUAAAGCGAUUCCAAUAGGCAACAAUAAGUUAUCGGUUGUGGACCCGGGCUGGGAGGAGGGCUCAAGUUAAAUCAAUCAAUCAAUUAAUCAAAAAAAUUAACCACCAUUGACUGAAUUGUGUGAGUACAACGGUAUAGACUGAGAUUGAGUAACAUCAUACAAGUACUUUUUGAUCUGCGUGUAACAAUUUGGCUUAUGCACUGUGAGUACUGAAUGAACCGGCUAGUAGCUGACUGAUUGAUGAAUGAAAAUGCGGUGGAUAAGUAUUUCCUAUUAUUGGAUUGGCCAAAAACUACUCCUAUUUCAGAUUUUGACAUGGUUUUCAGACCCUAGCUUGUGGGGGGGGGGGGGGGGGGGGGAGGGGAGGGAACUGCCCCACUGGACCUGUUGAGCCAGACAAAUCAAGUCUGUGGAUGGAUAUUGAGUUUCUUUAGACUCAGUUAUUUUGAUUGUUGUUUGUUGUGCCUUGCAAUUGUUUGCCAUUUUCAUGGCCGAGAAAUUGGUUGGUCCACGGUGUGUGCAAAUACCGUAUUUAUUCGAUUAACCGCCCUGGGCGCUUAUUCAAUUUUUGGACCUUGACAGUGGGCGCUUAUUCGAGGUGGGCGCUUAUUCGAGGCUGGGCGGUUAUUAAAUUUUCACCAUUUUCAGCAAUUAGUGUAGUAUUUUUAUUUUUGCAACAAAACGCGAGGAAGUAACAAAGCAAGGUUUCGGUAAAAUACUCGGAAGAACACUCCGUCUUCUGGGAAGUCUCUUAUUAGUACUUAUUCAAUUUCAAUUUCAAUCUCAUUAUCGCUCAAGUAGGUGGGGUGGGAGUGGGCGCUAAUUGAGUUUGAUUGGGAGGGGGAGUGGGUGGGGUGGGCGCUUAUUCGAGGCUGGGCGCUUAUUAACUUUUUCUACCUUUAGGAUGGGCGCUUAUUCGAGAUGGGCGCUAAUUCGAGGUUGGGCGCUUAUUCGAAUAAAUACGGUAGUAACCAAAAGGCUAGUUAGCCAAACACCAGGCAGUAUUGUGAAAAGAUGUUUAGUGUACUAGUGCUUGGAUAUUUCCGGUGUGUUUCAAAUUAGCGACUGUGCAAUAAUUAUCAGGAAGGGGGGGUCCUAAAAUGAGAUUCACCAAAGGAAAAAUUAGAUAGGUCCCCCCCUCCAGCAGCGUCAAGAUUAGCUCUGACCCCCCUCACGUUUUCUCAAAAUUAUGAUGUGCCCCCCACCCCCCGCCCUCUCUAACCCGUACCUUUAUUCACUGUACUACAACGCAUUCCACGGCGUCGUCAGGGAUGAAGAGCACCUCGAAACUUUGUUCUUCAUAAUCGUCAAUUUCCGAAUCGUCUGACUGUUCAUUAUCUUCUUGGUCUUCGGAACUGCUAGAUUGCUGCUCAUCCGGGUUUUCUUUACCUUGAGCUUCCCCAGCACCUAGAACACGAGCUACGAGUACUGCUUUCCCUCCGCUGACUAGUAAACCGUGUUCCUUUAGGUAGAGUUUCAGUUUACUUGCAGACAGCGAGUUGACUUCAACCUCGUCGGACCAAUUAAUGUCUGGAAGUUUGUUCCUUUCCGUUGCCCGUUUUUUUGCUUUCAUUGCAAGGAAUUUUUGGUGCUCUAUGAAGUGAUGACAACUAUGAAACAGAAGCAUGUGGCAUUCCUCAGCUAGAAACUGUAGACCUAGAAACCCUCUCGCUGUUUAAAUCAAGAACAGACCUGGCAUGUCUGCGGGACCUCUUAAAUGCCAAAUGUUUUAUUGGCAAAGCUCAGAACGUGGUUUGUGACUUCUGUGCAUGGACGAUUGUUUCAAUCUAUCAUAUGUUGACAUUCUAAAUAAGUUAAAGCAUGUGUUUAUGUUGAUGCAAUACUUAGACAUUAUGGAUAGUCAAAGGAGUGGCAUCUGUCUAUUUGGAAAAUGUUUAUUUAUUCAUUAUCGAAUUUGUGAAAUUUUAUUAAGACCCCCUCAACUUACUUGAGAAAUCUAAUGUAGAGCCCCCCCUCCUUUCCAUUAUUUUAACUUAAGGCCCCCCCUCUGGUUUUAGGGCCCCCUCCUGAUAAUUAUUGCACAGUCCCUUAACAGGACCUCGGAAAUACGCACUUGCACUUGUAAGCACUGAAAACACCCACCUGCUUUUUCACGAUUAUUUAAGGUCGAUUUUUCGGAGACACAUCUCAUGAAGAGUUCUAAAAAUAGCGUCUCGUAGCCUCCAAAUUUGAAAAUUUCCCUGGGAGGAUACCCCCAGACCCCCCUUAGAAGUCUCCUGCCUUCGGCACUCGCGAUAAUGCCCCCUCCCCUCCCCCCCCCUCCCUCGUUACAAAAAACCUAUCUACGGCCCUGGUUUUGUGGAUUUGACCCCUUGCCUUUUUUGGCGUCACAGCAAAAAUUAUAAAACAGAGGCUAUGUUUGCUGAAGGUACCAAUUACUUUGAUCUGUCAAAUUUUUAUUGUUUUUACGUAUGAAUUUCUGUCACGUACAGAGCGCCGAAAUUUACAGCGACGUUUCCAAGCGAAUUGUAUUGGAUUAUAUUGAAAGAGGGUUUGGAUAAGGGAUAUUUUGAUAGAACUUACGGAACGUUUCUUCUCUGGUUAUGCUAGAUCAAGUUCCCUCAAUUUCGUCGUCAUGAAUAAAAGUGAACGUGAAGAAUGAUCAUCGCAGUAAAUUUUCCAAUUUAAGCAAUUGGAAAGAAGAAGCCUGAAUAAAUCAGGGCUUCAACGGGAUUCGAACCCGUGACCUCCGCGUUACCGGUGCGUUGCCCUACCAACUUAGCUAUGAAGGCACACAUUGGGAGCGAGGUCAAUAAUAAUGAAUAAAAGUGUUAAGAAAAUUUUACUUGUAGUUUUAAGAAAACCGUGCCAUUCAUAAAGAAAUGGCAAACAUUGUCGUGGUCAACAUAAUAAAUCAAAGUUUUAUUUUAUAAACGACCUUCAAAAGACUCUAGACCAAAGAAAAAUACCAAGACUUUUUUUUUUCUCUUAGUUCGCAUACGCGAUUUUCCGAGAAACUUCAACGGAAAUGGACGUUAAAUCUGUCAAUGUUAAAAAACAAAAAAAACAAAUCGGCAACAACUUGCUAUGGUCUGUACUCUUAUCGACCAUAAAAUGACAUCAAACAUGCUGCGCUUGGUUCCACUUGAGUUUUGAACAUUUUUGCCAACGUCAUUUCUAUGGUCGAUAGAGUACAGACCAUGGAAAUUGUUGUCGAUUUGUUAAGUAUACUGGCCGGCUACUCAUACCUAAGGGAGGAGGUUUUCACAACUAUUAAUGCACUGUAACCUUUCUCAGGUGUUUGCUGGGAACACUGACAGAAACACAGUAAUUAUACACACCUUAAAGCCCCACAUCGAAGCUCGCUUUAUCCGCUUUCAUCCAUUGACUCACAAUCAUAAUGCCCAUUGCCUGAGAACUGAACUGUAUGGCUGUCGAAGUGGUAGGUAUCUCGUGUUACUUCAUAUCUUAGUGUGCAGCCAUCUUUCUUUUAUUCAUUUAUUUAUUUUACUUCAUGUCUUCCUAAACACUGAUUUAAAUAAUUAACCCUUUAUCAAAAUAAACUGCAUUGCUUGUUGUUAGUAUCAAUAUCACGCGUACGAAUGCUGCAAAUCUCUUAACCGUCUUAACCUGAGAAUCAGACCCAACUUUAGCAGCUUCCAUACAUUCUCUCUUAAGUGGUCGCGCUAAACUUAGGCCUAAUCCAACUGUCUCAUGCCUUUGCUGAUGUAGCCAGAACUUGGCUGCAACGUUGAUUGGUCGUUAGAACGAUGCCAGAGGAUCUGAUUGCCUGUUGGAAUCAGCGGAAGUUGAUAGCACUAAAAUGCUCGCGCUCUUUCUAAAUGAUCCGCCAUGAGCAGAGAGGAGAAUUUUUCUUUAUCUUUUGGACGGGUUUGCGGUUUCAGGAAAUGAAACCUAACUUGGUUUAUUUAUUUGUCAUGGACAUUCCAAACGACUGCUUUUUUGCAUUUGAUCGAAAGUUGUGAAUUUAUGUGAAUGGAUUGCGGAUAGAGUUGAAGGGUUUCGAGUAGAAGUUGUCUGCAGAAAAAAGCGUACUUAAGGUGGCUCGAUAUUGCUCCUUCAGAGCCGUAGGACACGUAAGAGCUCGCGACUAUCACAGAACAGAAAUAUUUUGAUUGGCUGUUCCGGUAAAUGUCAAUCAAUCAAGAAAGUGGGCGGCAACGUUUCAAAGAAGAUUUGUAUCAGGUUUUCUUUUCAUUUUGCCUUUCCCGCCAGAACUUCAUUCAUGAAGCGAAACGAAAAUAGCGCCUGAUCUCAGGUUAAACCGUCUUUUCUUCAUUCCCGAUCUAAAUACUCUUUAUGUGGAUGGUUUUACGUGGUUUUGAGCAUUUUAGCUGUCGGAGGACGAACAACGCAAGCUGUCUGUAUUUUGACAUCGUUUUAAUUUGAUAUUUUAUUCAGUGAAGAACUGCUUAAUGCCGGUGGGGGUGGAAGACGGUAGAAUUCCAGAAGAGGCAUACUCUGCUUCUUCCUCUGCAAGUGCCAACUACCUUCCAAACCGAGGCAGGCUUAAUUUACUACCAAAUGGCGGGAAAUAUUGUUGGGCUGCUAAACAGAAUAAUGCUAAUCAAUGGCUUCAGGUACGCAAUUGGGUAUACAAGCCAUUUAUAACAUUAUCUCUUACGAUCUAUUAAUGAGUUACUCGCUAAAUUAGUUUUUACUACUUUAAAGCGCUCAGAAAAGUUGCAAUAAGAGCUCUGCAUUUUAGAGAGUCUCCCUUCCACGAGUUGUUAGCAGAUAACCUAGAGUUUGCUAAAAAGUGUAUAUUUCAAAUUUCUUUGAAGAAUAAAAAUAUUGCACAUGAUUGGCAAAAGCCAACCCUUUCGUGAGUUUUCGAAAAAAGCAUAACAUUUUGUCCUUUUGAAAUUAAAAUAUACCUCUAAAUCCUAUUUAACUUCAGAGGUUUUCCAGCACUCUUCUCGUGAAGAUAUAAUUUGAAAGCUGAAUUUUCAUUAAAUUACAAUUGAUUCCCAUGGUUAAGAUCCUUUAAAAUUGGUAUGUGAAACUAAAUUGAACUAACCUGUCAAAGAAACUGCAUGUUCGGCUUAGAACAAUGGACUCAGCUCUGUAUAUCUUCUAAUUUCAGGUUAAACUGGGUCGCCUGUUCAAAAUAAGAGGCGUGGCCACUCAGGGUCGCCAUGACAGCAACCAAUGGGUGACCAGAUUCUCAGUGUCUUAUACCGCAGACGACCUCAACUGGGUUUACAUCCGAGAAGACAGUCAAAUUAAGGUAAUAAAAACAGAAACAAGAUGACUGGCUGCUGUUUUUGACGCGUAAUACUGGACUGAAGCAGCAGUAGCUUGCUAAAUGACAGCUGACUAAGUUAUCGAUUCUGUUAUGCUGGUCAUCCGCGCUUUUACCUAUUGGCUAAUUUCAAACCAAGGAGGGUUGGGUACGAGCCCCUGUAUUAGGGAAUAAACAACAGGUAACCCCAAUAGUCAAAAAUCGCUCAACGAGCUUUGCAAAGGUCUCACGUUUGGUAUUGAUCGAGGCACUAUUGAACAAGAUAUAACCGUUUAGAAAACUUGAAAAUUUACUAAGAGAUGUAUGGAUUUCCCGAGUCACCCUACACACUGUAGGGACGUCAGGCUCGAUUACCAGCCGCUGUUUGGGAAAUGAGCCCGCACUUUCCCCUCCUCGAGAGAGCGGAGGAGAUCGAGUCGGUAUGGAUGUCUACAAAAUUGUUAAUGAAUUCUGGAGUUUGUGAAUGGCUGUAUCUCGUUCAAUAUAGGCCUGAUGAACGCUUAACUUGAGGGUUUUGUAAAUGUCGGUUUCCUCUUUCUGACUACAUGCGUCUCGAGUGGUUUAUAUCAUAAUACAUUUCUUUCAAAGUUUCUCCACGCCUCAGAAUCCAUGCACGCAAGGGGUGAGCAGAAAAGCCGAAAGCGCAGUAAGAACUGCACGGAUUUUCUUUCCUUUUAAUCUCGUUUGCUGGCAUACGAACUAAGCAGAUUUUAAGACAAAAGUCAGACUGCAAGCAGUCUUUUAAGAACAACCGUGGCAAAACAUUGCAAGCAUGUCAGAAUAGAAAAAGGUUUUGUCGAGCACAAUGACUUCACUGACCUUUUUUGAUCCUCUUAUUAGCAUGCUAACUAAGGACGACUGACUGUUACAUUUGUUCAUUUAUUCAUUUCGUUUGUUUGAAUUCGAUUGAUUCUUAUGUAGGUGUUCUUUGGCAACAGUGAUAGAACUACAGUGGUCAAACAUUUCUUUCACCCUGGCACAGGAAUCUUUGCUCGAAGUAUUCGUUUCCACCCUAAAGCUUGGCAUGGCCAUAUUUCAAUGAGGGUGGAGAUAUAUGGCUGUGAAGAAGGUGUGUAAAUGUUUCAUAAUUUAUCAUCCUCUUUCCAUGAGGCUUUACCGGGGAACAACGCGCAGGGAACUUUGCCAAACUCAGGCUUGUGACUUUUAGUCACUGUCCGGCACUAUGCUAAAAAAUAACCUAGCCACGCCCUACCCGUCACUGACGCCUUGCGAAGAGGCUGUGAGUUCCUGAACGUCUCCUAAACGCAAGGCAGACCAAACAGAUCGAAACGGAUGUGGAAUAAGGGCCUAGGACCAAAUGCCACUUGGCCCCUCAGAGACUCAAAUAAUCGUUUUAACUGAAACAAGUGGUGCUUACCAUUUGACAGAAAAAUCCGGUUGGGGUGUGGAAAGCAUAAUGGUAAGCGAUUUACCAGUUUACCGCAGAAUUGCCACAUCCGUUCACGUUAUGCUUUGAAUCCAAAAAAGGAGCAAAAUUGUGUAGUGUAAGUCUGGAACUGCGAGAAGGAACCGAGAAAUUUGUGAAUGGUAAGCAACAUUCCGUUUGGUUCGUACAAACCGGAAUGAACGGACUACCUCAAGACGUACUCCUCGAUUUUCGGUGGAAUUCCUGAAAAGUGACCUUACCAUUUACCUUCCAUCCGGAAUUUCACAAAUUUUCCGUCAAAUGGUAAGUACCCAAGGUCUUCAUCACAUACCAGCAUGCCUCUUUCCAGUUUUUUUUUUCAGCUACCGGCCUGAAAGACUACAGGUAGUCUCUUAUUUCUCUUUUGAGUCACAGUAGAUCGAGAGUACGCGAGAGAAGAGAGCGGCGAAGCCGCGAGAGCGGAAGCCUGAGCCAAGAAAAUUGCCCUCUGCCCUCUCUCCUCCUUUUUACCAUUACUUUGCAUAAUUCUACUUGUUCGCUCCGGGUGCGCGUGGCUCUGAGACAGUUCUGAGGAAAGAAGGACGACCGCUUGUGGUCCACCGGCGUUCCAAUUAUGCUUUGAGAGAUUUUUUCAUUAACUGUUCUCAAUUACACUUCUCUCCGUUCUUUAAGAAUUAAACAACUAUAACAAAGCGAAAAUAAGACGAAUGUGUACAUUAGUCUCUCUUAGUUACAACGCAGCACAAAAACUUUAUUACCUACAUUACUGGUUGAAGAAGACGAAGGAGAUUGAAGUUUAGAUAGAAGAAAACUCCAGCGAAUUUAUCGCUAUCUCCAUUUGUGUGAGUCAAUUGUGUGACUAUAUCUUAUGUGAGAUAAAUUUUAUGUAUUUGAGAACCAGUUUACAGAUAAAAUUGUUUAAAUUAUAACCCUCCGAUAAAAAAGCUGCCCAGUUCAGUAGGGGCUAAACAAAGUGCUAAAUAUAAAAUCUAGGCUUAGUUGUAACAAUAAAGAACAGUUGGAGACAAUUAACAGACGCAUCUCUGAGCUGAUUUGUGAAAAUAGGACACAUCUCGCCGCUCCUGUGGGAAGUGGUGGUUGGUGGGAAACCGUAGACGACAUCACACAACGUCGCACCCACUCCAACUCUGUUGUAUUAGAUAACACCUUUGCCAACCAGUUGAAUGAUUAUUUUCAUGAACUUUGUACGGACCUGAAUUACAUUGCACCCGUACAUGUGGCUGUCGGGAGCGAAAUCGAAGUACCUGAGAUUCCUGAGGGGGGUUGUUUGGAAAAGUCUUAGCAACAUCAAACGAACGGCUACGGGUCCUGAUGGCAUCCCAUUUUGGGUUUGGAAGGAACAUGCUGAGAUUUUAACACCAAUUCUCAGUCAUAUUUGGAAUUUGUUUCUGCGCACGCACACCUGGCCUUCGUCAUGAAAAAGGUCGAAUAUCAAUCCGAUACCCAAGGUUGACAUACCCAAAGAAAUCCCAAAGAAAAGUCUGACUACCGUGGCAUAAUUAUAACUCCGCUUAUAGCCAGGGCGUUUGAGAAAGCUGUUUAUAACACCUUUGUGAAGGAGGCUGUAGAGGAAAAUCUAAGCACCACUCAAUUUGCUUAUCGCGCCGAAGUGGAAAUUGCACUAGUGCAUUAUUAGCGAUCCAGCUCUUAACAACAAACACUGAGAUAAUCCAGACUGUGAGGCAGUACGGGUAUUCAUAAUGGACUUCAGCAAAGCGUUCGACUCAGUCAGGCACGAGCUACUAUCUAAUAAGCUAAAGUUGUUGCCCCUGAAUGCCUAUAUCCUCAACUGGUAUCACAGUUUUCUUUAUAACAGACAACAACGUAUAGUCCACAACAACCACCUUCACGAGUGAAAAGAAGUAAAUAAGGAGACAAAGCAGGGUAGUGUGAGGGGCCCCUACUUAUUUAACGUGUUUCUGAAUGACCUGGAGAUCAAGGUAGGUUCCACUCUCGCCCUUUUUAAGUAUGCAGAUGACUCAAGCAUUGUCGCACCACUGAGAAUGGAAAGGGAGCAGUGAUAAGUCUUCUUAGUGGAGAAGUUUUUGACCUGGGCGAACUGUAUGUUAGUUCCAUGAGCUGUAACCCUAACAAGUGUAAAGAAAUUGUCAUAAAGAAGAAAAUGAACUCCACAUUCUAUCCUGUUGUACGUGAUAUACCACAACAUGCCACUCUUGAUUUAUUAGGUUUGACCUUUCAGAAUGACUGUAAAUUUUUUUACACACAUAAAAGCUAAACUGUGCAAGGCCAAUAAAUGUCUACGCGUGCUGAGAGUAUGUAGAGAAGAGCGCUACAGCCAGACAGAAAUUGGUUAUCUCUUCUAUAGUAUUGUUCUUCCUAACAUAACCUAUGGACCAUCUGUUUAUGGUGCCUCUGUUGUCCUUCAGCAAUUUUUAGACAGAUGCUAUAAGUUGUGCUUUAUAUCUACUUAGUUAAAUAUUAGAUCAUUACUACAAAAACGAGACAAAGUGAUUUUUAAAAAAGUUAAACAGCGUGAUAACCACCCUCUGGAGGUUUGAUUACCGCAAGAAAAUAACAACUUAACCUACAACCUUAGACGUAAAAGCUGGCAAAGGCCCAAGAUAAACACCGAACGUUAUAAGAACACAUUUGGAAAUAGAUUACUUUUUUAAAUCCAAACUUUUAUGAUAUUUUAUGUCAGAUAUAUGUAUCUAGUUUUUUCACAUUAAUUUUUUAAUCUUCUUAUUCUAUUGUAAUCUUGCUGAACUUUUAAUCUUUUUAUCCUGUAACAUUAGAUAUGUAUUUUUAUCUAAUGAGCAAUAAAGACAUUUUAUUUUAUUUAUUUAUUUUUUAUAAAUGCCGAGUGUUGCCGAGCAUUACAGUUGUUUUCUGUCACCUAUUUUCCAUCCAACAGCUCGCAGCUGUUUCCUUCCUCUGGGUAUGGAGAGUGGACAUCUGCCUGAUAGCUCAAUUUCAGCAUCAACAUCCUACAGCGCCAAUCAUGCUCAUCAGUUUGGCCGCCUAAACAAAAUCUCGGCAAGUGGAAAAGCAGGAGCUUGGUGCGCGAAGAGUAACGAUGGCAACCAGUGGCUGCAGGUUUCCUUUGGACGACAAACUACAGUGACCAAAGUGGCGACCCAGGGAAGAUAUGACGGUGACCAAUGGGUGACUAGCUACAGUUUAUCCUACAGCGUGGAUGGUGCUCAUUGGGUCUGGUACAGGCUUUCUAAUGGACACAUUAAGGUAUGACUAAUAUGCAGUGGCAUUUCAGGCAAUUUUUAUUGUGCGGGAAAGCACAAGAUGUGUUUCAUUUUGAUAUACUCAUAUAUAUCUAGCUGGAUUUUUGAAAACGGUAUCGCUAAAAUGUGCCUCCAGUUCAGUCAAGCUCUCAAAAAGUAGCCAUUAUAAGUCAAAAACUAAUUCUGCAGCCAUAACUUUUUCUCUUCUGUUCUCCCCUUCUCUUUCUCCUUGCUCUUUCUAUUGUUCCUUUCCUUUUUCUUCGCUAGUGUAAUUUUCUGGCUUAAUCGGGCACAAAAAGACUUGCCUUUUGGUCUUCAGUUUUUCACUUAUUAAUAAAUAGCUGCAAAUGUUGGUAGGUAAGUUCUCAAAACAUCCGGCCAAGUAUUAUUUUUAUUAUUUGGAGUGCAAGUCAUUUCUAUAGAUCUAUGGGGACUUCAGCAUAAGCUUACUCGGAAACACAGGAACUUCUUCACCAUGAUACCAUGUGAACACUUGGAUCAAGUGAUAGUUGUUAUUGCAGACUGCGGGACUUUAUUGUACUUUUCAUUAACAUGUUCUUAUAUUUUUUUUAUACUCUUAACACGGUGGCACUUUGACUUUUAAAAGCCUCAAGCAAGUGUUGUGAGCAUGUAUUUUAUAAAUAUUUUGGUCAGGUAUUUGGAGGCAACGUUGACCGCCACACUCCAGUUCAGCAUUCUCUGUAUUCGUCAAUCCAAGCCCGCUAUCUUCGAUUUCAUCCCAGAACUUGGCAAAGUCACAUUUGCAUGAGGGCUGAAGUUUAUGGCUGCCAGGAAGGUAAUUUAUUCAGAACGAUUUCCUGGAUUUCAGUAGCUAGCAGUGUUUUUAAUUUCGAGGAGGCCUCUCCUCGCCCCUCUAUCCUCUUGCAAACAAUCAAAGAAAAUACAUACAAAAAAACUGGGAAAUAAACAGAAUAAAACUAAAAAGAGGCUUAUAAAAGGUAACACGUAUCCGCAACGAUGUUACGAAAAUAUAUUUCAAAAUAUAAAAAUAGUGAGCAUGAGUAAUACGACACGUGCUUUUGCACGUAGUGUUUGUUGACCAUCCGUAAUGCAUUGAGAUAGUGGCCAACUGGAAAAUUAACUUUAUGUGUAUAUGCUAAGAAAAACACAUGACGUUUCAUUAAUAACGAACUUGAAACAAGCAAACUCUCAAGCAUCGAUUACCAUUGACAAAUAUAUAAAAAAUUACACAGAAUCAGUCCAAUCUUGAUAAUUAUUUGGCUAAUGACUGCCCUGUGUUCUCUUCCUUUUUUCGUUCAUGAGAAGACACAAGUGGUUUGUACUGUAAGUAUCAAGCCCGCUGGGCUAGUCUCUUUCGGGUGUGAUAAUCCGGUAGUAAAUCUCAUUUAAUAUGUCAUAGGCCGACUGGCUCAAGUUAUCAACACUCUCGAUUUAGCAUCAGGAUAAUAUUACUAUGUCAAUUUUCGAAUGUCAUGUUCUUUUCUUUGCAGUUUCGUAUUUCAAACGCGCGUGUUUUAGUAGCUGUAGAAUGGCACCGAGGCAGGAUUUCUCGCCCUUCACUCGGGUCAUCAGCCCCGAAUUAAAUCCACAAUUGAAUUGGUACAUUCUUUGUUCGAGAGUUUGUGGAUCAACGCCGACACAAUAUUAUAAGCGGUCGCCUGUUGUCGCCAGUUUUCCAGGCGAUUUUCAAACAAUCGACAGUGCCCACAUUCGGCUGCAAGAUGGCCGCCAUUACUCUAACAAGAAGUCUUCAAAUGCAACGGAAAUUGUCUGUUCCUCGUUUGGGUUGAUAACCACUUUGCUUCGCCGUUCUUCUUCGGAAAGCUCUGAGUUCAUUUCACGGCUGAGAGAUUUGCUGAACAUAAUAGAUCUCAGUAACAUUUCUGUUGACGAAGAAAACGAAAAGGAAGUAAACAAACGACCACGUGCUUCACGGCGCUUGGAAAUGCCAACGACACCAACGAACAAGACGUCGUCACCUGUAGACUAGGAGUAGUCCCCCGUUUUCCUCAGGGAUAGUAAAGCGUGCGAAACGCGAGCGCGCGUGAAAAUCGCCCCACGCGAGAAAAGGUGACACGCGGCGGGGAGAGAGAAAAAUGAGGGACUACAGACAAAGCCCAAGGUUUUGAACUAAUGCGUUGCUCUCACAACGCAAAACUCUGAUUGGCUCGUCCAUGGAAAUCUGUCAACAUCUGUCAAAAACGCGCCAGCCGCUAUCGACACUCGACAUAAUCACAAUUUACAGAACAAAUAACUAGAGCAGAACAAAUAACAGAACAGGACAAUUAACUAGAGUUGCUCUUGUAGAAGCAACUAAUAAGAAGAAAGCCAACCCGGCAACUGAUGAGGUUCGCGUGGGGAACCGAAACCAUGGUCUUGGCUGAUCACGAAGUGGGAAUAACAGAACAGUCGCAAGGCUGUUAAGCUAAUUCAAAAGUUAUCACCAAGGGAGGAACUACGUGCUCCAGUUUUUUCCAGAAAAAACAAGGGACAGUUAAAAUUCAUGACUGAGUCACAUCGCAAUUCGCCAUAGUUAAUGUAGUUUUAGUUUAAGGUGCAAUCCAUUCUUCGAGAUUUGGAUAUCACUAUCCGUUCUGCUAAAAACGCUAACGAGCUGGGCCCAGCGUGACAAAACAUUGCAGGAAACCGUCACAUUCAUAGCCUCCCACGCAGGCGUUUUUAGGGGAGCUCGUUUUUCAUCCCUCCCCACAAACGCCUGCUCAACCGGAAACAACAUUCCUUUCCCAUUGUUUUAUUUGCGUGGUAAGUGACCAAUCAACAAUUGUGCAAUAAAGUGUUGACAGGCUAAACACGCCUGAACGUGACCCUAGAGUUACCGUUUUCCUUCUUUUCUUUCCUUUCCUUCGCUAAGGUUAUGCAGUGCAUGGAGUAUUCUAAAUUUUGACUAAAUCUUAUUUUUGCCGCUCUGAAUCUAACAUUUAUUAGAGGUCAGAAAGCUUUCCCAGUGUUUAAUGCAGAUCGACUAAUUAUCAGAUUACCUUUGGAAAGUACAAUGUGAUUGGCUAAGCUUGGGAAAGGAAUGUUGUCUGCGGUUGAGCAGGCGUUUGUGGGGAGGGAUAAAAAAAGGGGCUCCCUUAACGCCUGCGUGGCAGGCUAUCACAUUCACGGCCAAAAAGAAAAUCGCUUAAAAUUAUUCAGAUUCAGGAGGCAAUCGCCGGAGAAAUUAAACAACCCAAAACCCUUAUUUAGCCGCAUUGCAGAGCUUUACUUUUCAAAAGAGGUCAGAGAAAAUGCUUUUGCAUCAGAGGGCAAAUCAUGCCAACUAUAAACAAUAACCGCAGAAAAUUAAUAUGCGUGUCACGACCUCUCAGUAUGAAAUAAGCGGCAAAAAUCACAUUUGCUCAGUGAAAACAUUUUCCUCCAGAGCAUAAUCUACCCGUCAGAGAAAAGGACUUGAUUGGAACAAGCAGCAUUUUGGCAUGAGUAGAAGUCGUGUGUUGCCUACACUAUCAAGUUCUUCUCGCGAAACAGCCGUGAAGAAAAUUAGUAUCUGGGUUUUCUUUUGCUUGCAAUAAAUAUCCCCGCAGUUUACCGAUGACAAAAGCAAUGACAGCUCAAUAAGGGAAGGAAUCCCAUUGGAUGUGCUUAAUUGAUUUGGAAGACGAUACGAACUACACACUCCAAAAUCAGUCGGCCGUGAAGGGUCAAAAGCUUGGGCUUUGUCUGUAGUCCCUCAUUUUUCUCUCUCCCCGCCGCGUGUCGCUUUUUCUCGCGUGCGGGAUUUUCACGCGCGCUCGCGUUUCGCACGCUCUGCUAUCUCUGAGGAAAAAUGGGGGACUACUCGUAGUCUACGUCAUCUGUGGCCAUGACACCGCCAAACAGUGGAAACUCGCAAAGAGCUGAAAACAAGAAUGUUUCCACAAAUCUAAAAGAAAUCAGCGAAAAGGAAGAUUUGGAUACUCCAGAAAAGGUGCUGUUGAUGAAGCAGCGAAGCAGUCGCGUCAUCAAGGACGUGCAUGACGUGUGCGACAGAAACAGGGAAAGUUUGGCGAUGGUACUUUCAAAUAUGUGCGCAUUUGGCGACCCAGAAGCGAGGGCCAUUGUCAAUGAAAUUGUCGAAGAGGUGGCUGUAAAAAGGGGAGUAAAGAGGAGUGUGGAAGAGCUAGUUGGCGAUGACACACACCACCCGCAAUGCACUGAGAUAGUGGCCAACUGGAAAAUUAACUUUAUGAUGUAUAUUCUGUAAAAAACAACGUUACCUUUCAUUAAUAACGAAACUUAAAACAUUCAAGCAAACUCUUAAGCAUAGAUUACCAUUGACAAAUAUACAAAAAAUUGGACAGAACCAGUCCAAUCUUGAUAAUUAUUUAGCUAAUGACUGCCCUGUGUUCUCUUCCUUUUUUCGUUAAUUGAGAAUAAACUUCUGUUUUAUAAGGACACCGUUGUUCCAUGUCGCUUGGAAUCGAAGAUGGCCGAAUUCAAGACAGCGCCAUAACUGCGUCGACCAUUCACAACAGUGCCCACGCAGCCCAUCUCGGCCGUUUGAACCUGGUAGCCAGGUCUGGUAAGGCUGGAGCCUGGUGUGCAAAGACAAGUAACAACAAAGAAUGGUUGCAGAUCGAUCUCGGAAAUCCCACCACCGUCACUAAAGUAGCCACGCAAGGAAGGCAAGAUUCCAACCAAUGGCCGACCAGCUACUCAAUAUCUUACAGCCUCACAGGUUCCUAUUGGGUCCAGUACACAGUACGCGGUAAAAUAAAGGUAAAUAACACUAUACUCAUUACAACGGCCUCAGAAAAAACUUAGCCACCUAAAGCAUCUCUAAAGUUGAAAAACUGAAAUAAUGAAUGUUAAACUGUUGACAACUGAAAACAUCCUCGUCUUUUGGCUCGAAUAUAAAUAUAAAAAAACUUUCCUCAGUCAGAGCAUUGGUGAUUUAAGUGUUGAAUCAAAAUGAUGUUUUUAUUAAGGAUAUCAAGCAAAGGCACCGGCACCAAGCCCACAUUGUGUCGUGUGUACUUGAAAAAAAAAAGCCUGUUCACUGACAUUUGUACCCAGCGCAGAGCACCCAAUCUGGUAAACAGAAUCCUCUGGCUUUUUGGUCAGCAGGGCUCUGGGUAAGAGAUUGGCGAGUAACGUGGCUUUCGACAACCAUCUUCGUUUUCUUCAAAUGGUGUAAAACAAACUAGAGAUAAAAAAACAAUUGCAAAAAAAUGGUUUGUUUCUUACUGUAACAAAAAAACCAAAGUGCUGGUUGUUAUUAAAUAUUCCAACACCUUUAUUUUCUAUAAUUCCUCUGAAAUUGUUUUAUGAUGUUUCGAUUUUAUAGGUCCUUCGGGGAAACUUUGAUCGUGAUUCUAUUGUUGUCCAUCAUUUUUUCCCGCCAAUCCAUGCCCGCUUUGUUCGAAUCCAUCCUUUGAGCUGGUCAGGCUUUGUUUGUAUGCGUGCUGAGCUGUAUGGAUGUCCUAUUAGGGUAAGAGUCCAGCGAUUAUACACCUUUUUAGCCAGUGUAAAUCUUUUUUUCCCCAGUACAGCUGGUCAUGUGAUAUUACUCUCAGGACCCUUCCACUCCCAUUGGGAUAUUUUUGACACCGCAUACAGUAUUUUAUUUUCUUUUUCCCGUCCACACAAUUAAAAUCGCGAAGUGAGUGAAUCCGCUCAAGGGAACCACGUCUUUUUAAAACUGCUAUCCAGAGUGGUUUGAGGCCCCGUCCACACGAAUCGGACUUUAAAAAAACAACAUUUAACAUUCAACAGGACACUGGACUUAAAGAACAGUUUCAUGCAUAUUUCGUCUUAUUCACGUGAAAUUACGCCCAAUUUACGAAAGAAUAAUAAACAAAUCCGCUGACCUUUUUUGGGAAAGCAAAAUACACAAAAGUAAUAAGUAGUGACUUAUGCUUGGUAAGAAACUGAAACAAAGAAGAGAGGAAUGGCGUUUUCUGUCAGUAUAUAAUUUCAGGCUUUAACGAUGUCAAUAACUUGAAGAAAAGUUAUUUUCAGAAUUUUUACAGCUAAAAAUAAAAAUGAUAUUUCAUUUUGACAAGCAGGAUACUAAAGUAUGACUAUGAUUUUUUUUACUGAAAAUUUACUUGUAUCCUUCAUUUUAGGGCAUUUAAACAGAUGCAGUGUAGAGAAAAACGCUGAGACGAAGCAGACACCAUGCUGACGGCUUAGUAACGUACUUGGAGUUUUAAUGAAACCUUGUUUCAUUUUACUUUGAGGUCGUAACAUGCAG